GAGAGCAAUGCCCAGUCUGAUGGUCACACUGCCCGAAGAGAACAAUGCCAGUGGAGACUCAACUCAGUCUAUGGACAGCAGUAAUCACACAGCAGUUACUUAACAUGCCAAAAAAGAGUCAGGUAUCAUAGACGGGUUAGCUGACAAUGUCACGAAAACAAUGCACACGCUUCAAUGCGGCAGAAAUCUGUGUGUUGUUGUGAUUUUGGAUGACCAGAUAACUAGCAACAUUGAUAAGAAUCUGUCAUGUGGGAAUCUUAGGUGGUUCGUUUCAGCUUGUUGUGUCUAGUUAUUGAUACUGUGAUGGAAAAUAUUAUGUUUGUGCUUUUCUAAUAACCAAUUUCUGCAAUUUGGCAGUACGCCCAGAACCUUGUUUUGAGAACGAAAGGGAUAUCUCAGUUUCAAGGUCUCAGCUUGGCGAGAGGAAGCCUCGUGAGGUAUUGGUCGGGCACAUGCAUGAACCAAACGUUCAUGAUGAAUUAAUUAUGAAUAAUGAAUAAGCUAAAUCAUGCAAAUAUAACUGUCUGUGUAAGCAAUAUAUAAGAGAACUAACGGGACUUCCCCGGGAGAGCUCACUUCAGACCAGUACUUUAUGCAUCUAAGUUUGACUGUGACCUCUCCAGCUUGCUGUUAAUAAACAAUGAUUCAUUUGAGAUUGACUUUGAGUGUCCAUGUGUAGAAUUUCCACGACAAUUUGGCGUCAACAAACAGGAUGAUUGAUUCUGCCUGCGGAGCUUUCCAGUGAGGGUCUGCGAGGAAAAUUGGUGGCGUAUUUUAUGAAGCGUGAGGGAAAUUCCCGUCUGACCAAAAGACAACGUGUACCCGCCCAGACCCUUACUGUGAGCUGCCCAGGAGGAGACACAUCAUCCGCGAACAAUUGAGGGACACGCCGACUGAAUUUAAUUAAGUCAAUUUAAAUGAAUCUGUAUAAAAAUAAAUAAUAAAACCAAUAAAACGGAAACAAUAAAAAGGUAUCCAUAGUCUUAUGGUGAGAAGGCUAUUCACUAGUCUUAUGGUGAGAAGACUAGAGCGAGGGUGAGUAUUGGUACCAUGGAAAGCCCCGCUGACAGCUGUCUGUAGGCAUUUAUAAGAGAAGUGUCUACGUGGUCUGCAGCCACUACUAAUAGCACGUGGUGUUAUUAUACAUUUAUAGGAAGUAGUGGCAAGAGAACCGUUGAAGAUACAUAUAGGAAGUAACGACAAGAGAAUCAUUGAAGAUGCACAUGGGGUAAUAAGGGAGAUUACCGAUUGUGUUUGGGAAUAGUACUAAGUGAAUGUGGAUGUCAAAGUUGUGUGAGUGUGGAAAGGACUUGCUAAGCUGAUUGAAAUUUGGAUAAUAAGCUGAUUGAUUGAAAUUUGGAUAUUAAACUGAUUGAAAUUUGGAUAACAAGAGGAGAGAAAUUUAGAUAAUAAGAGAUAUUAUUACUAUUGAGUACUGAGUGAAUGAGAGCUGUCGGGGACUAGCUCCGGUGUGAAAGAGGUGAAUGAAUACCCCAACCAGUUCUGUGUGAGCUGAGUUUUUCAAUUUAUAACGUUAUCUACGGUUCUGUCCACCAACGCCCGUCGGAUCUACAGGUAGAGGAUAACAUGUCUCAGGAUCUCAUUCGAGAGUAACAUGUCUCAGAGGAUACAUGUCAAAAUUAAAAAUCAAAUCAAAUCAAAUGUAUUGGUCACAUACACAUGGUUAGCAGAUGUUAUUGCGAGUGUAGCGAAAUGCUUGUGCUUCUAGUGCCGACAGUGCAGAAAAAUCUAGCAAGUAAUAUCUAACAGUUCCACAACAAAUAUCUAAUACACACAAAUCUAUGUAAAGGAAUGGAAUAAGAAUAUAUACAUAUAUGGAUGAGCAAUGUCAUUGUCAGAGCGACAUAGGCUAAGAUGCAAUAGAAAGUAUAGAAUACAGUAUAUACAUAUGAGAUGGGUAAUGCAAGACAUGUAAACAUUAUUAUGAUAGUAUAGAAUACAGUAUAUACAUAUGAGACGACUAAUGCAAGAUAUGUAAACAUUAUUAAAGUGACAUUAUUAAAGUGACUAGUGUUCCAUAUAUUAAAGUGGCCAGUGAUUUUCAAGUCUGUAUGUAGGCAGCAGCGCCUCUGUGCUAGUGAUGGCUGUUUAACAGUCUGAUGGCUUUGAGAUAGAAGCUGUUUUUCAGUCUCUCGGUCUCAGCUUUGAUGCAUGUGUACUGAUCUCGCCUUCUGGAUGAUACCGGCGUGUACAGGCAGUGGCUCGGGUGGUAGUUGUCCUUGAUUAUCUUUUUGGCCUUCCUGUGACAUCGGGUGCUGUAGGUGUCCUGGAGGGCAGGUAGUUUGCCCCCGGUGAUGCGUUGUGUAGACCGAACCACCCUCUGGAGAGCGCUGCGGUUGUGGGCGGUGCAGUUGCCGUACCAGGCGGUGAUACAGCCCGACAAAAUGCUCUCAAUUGUGCAUCUGUAAAACUUUGUGAGGGUUUUAGGUGACAGGCCAAAUUUCUUCAGCCUCCUGAGGUUGAAGAGACGCUGUUGUGCCUUCUUCACCACACUGUCUGUGUGGGUAGACCAUUCCAGUUUGUGAUUGAUAUAUAAGCCGAGGAACUUAAAACUUUCCACCUUCUCCACCGCUGUCCCUUCGAUGUGGAUAGGGGGGUACUCCCUCUGCUGUUUCCUGAAGUCCACGAUCAUCUCCUUUGUUUUGUUGACGUUGAGUGAGAGGUUAUUUUCCUGACACCACACUCCGAGAACCCUUACCUCCUCCCUGUAGGCGGUCUCAUCGUUGUUGGUAAUCAAGCCUAAUACUAUUGUGUCAUCUGCAAACUUGAUGAUUGAGUUGGAGGCGUGCAUGGCUACGCAGUCAUGGGUGAAAAGGGACUACAAGAGGGGGCUGAGCACACACCGUUGUGGGGCCCCAGUGUUGAGGAUCAGUGAAGUGGAGAUAUUGUUUCCUACCUUCACCACCUGGGGGCGGCCCGUCAGGAAGUCCAGGACCCAGAUGUACAGGGCGGGGUUGAGACCCAGGGCCUUAAGCUUAAUGAUGAGGUAGGAGGGUACUAUGGUGUUGAAUGCUGAGCUACAGUCAAUGAACAGCAUUCUUACAUACAGUGGCUUGCGAAAGUAUUCACCCCCCUAUUUUGUUGCCUUACAACCUGGAAUUGUAUCAUUUGAUUUACACAACAUGCCUACCACUUUGAAGAUGCAAAAUAUUUUUUAUUGUGAAACAAACAAGAAAUAAGACAAAAAAACAGAAAACUUGAGCAUGCAUAACUAUUCACCCCCCCCAAAGUCAAUACUUUGUAGAGCCACCUUUUGCAGCAAUUACACCUGCAAGUGAUGAGGAUUUUUCAAUAAACUAUAUACUUUGUCUAGUUCCCCUAACAGAAAUUGAGAUCUAAUUUGCUGAUCCUGUGACUCUGCGGUGAAGUCGACAGGGUGAUAAGGGGAGUAUAUUAGAAAUUGCUAUUAAGAAUAAUUGGUAAAACAUAAUAAUUUGUCAUAUAGUCAAUGCUUAUAUGGAUUUCUUGGAUUGGAAAUUAACUCAACUAAACUGUUAUGAUCUGUCCUGAUGGUAUCUUGAUGCAUAGCAGGGAUAAUUCAGUCAAGAACGGUGUGAACCUCAAUAAAUAAAUAAAAAACUCUAACCGGCUGAAGAGGAGCAACAAAAGCGUUGAAUAGGGUCCUGUCCAGCACCACUUCUACCAAGAGACCUGAAUCAGAACCAGCAUCCAAUCGAAGCUAUCAACUGCCUUUUCUCUCAUGCUUUUUCUUUCAGGAGUGUAACAGGAGUCAAUGUGGAGUGGGCAUGAAGAGAGAUCUGUUCAAAUACAACAUCUCUCAUGAUGCUGGUAUACUGGUUGGCAAAUGGACAAAACAUAAUGGGGUUAGAGGUGGUGGCGGCUCAGGUGAGACAUUGAAAUUGGGACAUUGUCAUGGGCAAUCCAAGUUGAACUAUGAAGCUAUCUGAAGAACAGAAUGAAGAGACGCCAGAAGAUUGAGUGCCGGGGAAGGGAGGGGUUGUGAUUUGGGGUAUCAGGUUGAUUAAGGAGGUCUACACACUGCUAUAUUUAUAGUAAUUUAGACUAAGAACGCAUUGCGAUACUGAUCUGUAGUUAUUCUACUUAUGAGGAAGCUAAUGCUAGAAUUAUGGAUAAUUAUACUGUAUGUUAAUAUGCAGUGGGGAGAACAAGUAUUUGAUACACUGCCGAUUUUGCAGGUUUUCCUACUUACAAAGCAUGUAGAGGUCUGUAAUUUUUAUCAUAGGUACACUUCAACUGUGAGAGACGGAAUCUAAAACAAAAAUCCAGAAAAUCAUAUUGUAUGAUUUUUAAGUAAUGCAUUUGCAUUUUAUUGCAUGACAUAAGUAUUUGAUACAUCAGAAAAGCAGAACUUAAUAUUUGGUACAGAAACCUUUGUUUGCAAUUACAGAGAUCAUACGUUUCCUGUAGGUCUUGACCAGGUUUGCACACACUGCAGCAGGGAUUUUGGCCCACUCCUCCAUACAGACCUUCUCCAGAUCCUUCAGGUUUUGGGGCUGUCGCUGGGCAAUACGGACUUUCAGCUCCCUCCAAAGAUGUUCUAUUGGGUUCAGGUCUGGAGACUGGCUAGGCCACUCCAGGACCUUGAGAUGCUUCUUACGGAGCCACUCCUUAGUUGCCCUGGCUGUGUGUUUCAGGUCGUUGUCAUGCUGGAAGACCCAGCCACGACCCAUCUUCAAUGCUCUUACUGAGGGAAGUAGGUUGUUGGCCAAGAUCUCGCGAUACAUGGCCGCAUCCAUCCUCCCCUCAAUAUGGUGCAGUCGUCCUGUCCCCUUUGCAGAAAAGCAUCCCCAAAGAAUGAUGUUUCCACCUCCAUGCUUCACGGUUGGGAUGGUGUUCUUGGGGUUGUACUCAUCCUUCUUCCUCCAAACACGGCGAGUGGAGUUUAGACCAAAAAGCUCUAUUUUUGUCUCAUCAGACCACAUGACCUUCUCCCAUUCCUCCUCUGGAUCAUCCAGAUGGUCUUUGGCAAACUUCAGACGGGCCUGGACAUGCGCUGGCUUGAGCAGGGGGACCUUGCGUGCGCUGCAGGAUUUUAAUCCAAGACGGCGUAGUGUGUUACUAAUGGUUUUCUUUGAGACUGUGGUCCCAGCUCUCUUCAGGUCAUUGACCAGGUCCUGCCAUGUAGUUCUGGGCUGAUCCCUCACCUUCCUCAUGAUCAUGGAUGCCCCACGAGGUGAGAUCUUGCAUGGAGCCCCAGACCGAGGGUGAUUGACCGUCAUCUUGAACGUCCAUUUUCUAAUAAUUGCACCAACAGUUGUUGCCUUCUCACCAAGCUGCUUGCCUAUUGUCCUGUAGCCCAUCCCAGCCUUGUGCAGGUCUACAAUUUUAUCCCUGAUGUCCUUACACAGCUCUCUGGUCUUGGCCAUUGUGGAGAGGUUGGAGUCUGUUUGAUUGAGUGUGUGGACAGGUGUCUUUUAUACAGGUAACAGAGUUCAAACAGGUGCAGUUAAUACAGGUAAUUAGUGGAGAACAGGAGGGCUUCUUAAAGAAAAACUAACAGGUCUGUGAGAGCCGGAAUUCUUACUGGUUGGUAGGUGAUCAAAUACUUAUGUCAUGCAAUAAAAUUCAAAUUAAUUACUUAAAAAUCAUACAAUGUGAUUUUCUGGAUUUUUGAUUCCGUCUCUCACAGUUGAAGUGUACCUAUGAUAAAAAUUACAGACCUCUACAUGCUUUGAAAGUAGGAAAACCUGCAAAAUCGGCAGUGUAUCAAAUACUUGUUCUCCCCACUGUAUAUAUAUUUGCGAGAAAAAAAACAUAUGGGGGAUUGGACGUGAUGCUGACAAUUACAUUGAUGGAAGUUACAAUCUAUCUGCAAUAUUAUAUCUGAUCUACCCCCUAUUUUUUUUUAUUUUUUUUAUUUAACAAAGUAUUAAUAUGUUAAUAACUAAAUAUGUUAACAUGGCUAUUACUUUAUUAGAUAUUGAUAUUGAUUAUUUUGAUUGUUAUACUACUUGUGAUAUGGGUAAAGAAGUUAUGUGAGCUAAAGAUGUUGACUAUUCCUGUUUGCAUAAAGUCCAGUGAAGUUCUUUGAUGGCCGUCGUGGUUUCGGCUAGAGGGGGGAUAAACAUGGCUGUAACAAUUACUGAAGAGAAUUCUCUUGGGAGAUAAUACGGUCGGCAUUUGAUUGUGAGGAAUUCUAGGUCAGGUGAACAAAAUUAUUUGAGUUCCUGUAUGUUGUUACAAUUACACCAUGUGUCGUUAAUCAUGAAACAAACCCCCCCACCCCACCCUUCUUCUUCAUGGAGAGAUGCCUUUUCCUGUCGGCGCGAUGUACUGAGAACCCAGAUGGCUGUAUGGACGGGGACAGUAUAUCUUGAGUGCCAUGUUUCCUUGAAACAGGGUAUGUUACAAUCCCUGAUGUCUCUCUGGAAAGCAACCCUUGCCCUGAUCUCGUCCACUUUGUUAUCUAGGGACUGGACAUUAGCGAGUAAUAUACUUGGAAGCGAUGGGCGAUGUGCGCGCCUCCUAAGUCUGACUAGAAGACCGCUCCGGCUGCCUUUCCUUCCGUGGUGUUGUUUUGGGUCGGUCUCUGGAAUCAGUUCCAAUGCCCUGGGUGGUGCGGACAAAGGAUCCGCUUCGGGAAAUACCCCUGUAUGAAUAGAACACUAGUGUAAAGGAGGUAUAAUGGGCUACUAUAGAUAAAUUAACAUAUGAAGAGUAUAUUACUAGAGAUUUAAUGGAGAAAAAAAUAUAUAUACAACUUGCACACCCACACGUAGACGUACGUAAGUGGUGUAAAAAGUAUUAAGAGAAAUUAAUAGUAUAACGGAUUACUAGAUUUGAUAACGUAACAAUGUAUGAAUGUAUAAUAGGUUACUAGAGUUUAACUUGCUAGGUAGAGACUUAUUAUGGACAGAGCAGACCAUCUAUAGGGGACUGAUAGACAGUGCCAGCCCAGUUUUAAUAGAUGUUGAUCCUAGAAGGUUUAUCUCUUCCCUUCUGAAUUGGCUGAUGUAUUUUAUAAUUUCGGUGCAUUACAUAUGAAUCUCAAAAUAAUAGACAUUUAAUAAGUGUGAAGCAGAAAGUGAAUAUCCAACAGAAAUUGGUAACAAAUAUUAAGAGUAACAUUGAUAGGGUAGACUAAACUAAAAACAAUGCCUUCCAAUACAGAGAAAGUUAUCAUGUUUGUUUUGUUUUGUUUUAAACCUUACAAUAGGGGUGAAAGCAGAACAUUGUUUGAGAGUGAUCCAUGUGUAUUAGCAGUAGUGAUUGAGAAGGUCUUCCUAUUGGGAAGAAGGGAGUCCUAGCUGAAGGAAACAGAUAUGGAGACUAGUGAAAGUAACAAAGUGAAUGGUAAUAUUAGUGGUUUUCAGAUAACACUUCUGUGGACAAAUUGAUAGCCACCAGUACUCACUGAACUCAAACUGGCUGUAAGGGACACAGUGGAAAAAUUUGGGACAGAGGUAUGAAUAAAUGAAUAAGAAAUGUUUUUGACAAUUUCCAAUUAUUAUUACUCAAUUCUACAGUUUGGGUAGCACCAGUGAUUUAAGCAAGAAGGUAAUGUCAUCUAAAACAAUAAUCUGUUUCCAUUACGUGGAACUGUGUCCAAAAUUGAAGUAGAUCCAAGUACCGAAUAUUGAGCUGAUAAGCCAGCACCAACUUUUUGAAGGUCCUAGCAGAUUUGUUAAACAAAAGGUUUCAUAUUUUGACCAGUUGAUGGGACAGUCAGCACAGGACAUAUGUCAAUGCAACAGGUCAAAAUGAUAAUAUUACAAGAGAGGGGCUCUGGGAUUGUUUACUUUAGAAGGUGCCUAUUCUGCUUAACAUACUUUAAACUUACUAAAAUCAAUUUGUCCGUUUUCAAAAAAUCAUUCCGUUUCCAAAUCAUAAUCAAAACCCAAUUAAUUAUCCAACCCAAAUGUAGAAUGACAAUGCUUCAGUGAUUCACAUUGGUCCUAUCACUCAAAGUUAAAACCCUAAUCUUAGCACAUAUCGACACUGGCAGAAUGUACAUUUAUAUUAAUAUACAAUAUAUUCAUCUAAUAAUUUUAGUAUUAACUUUCUUAUCACGAUUUAUAGUUACAGAUCAGUAUCUUAAUGCAUUCUUAAUCUAAAUUACUAUAAAGUUAGCAGUGUAUAGACCUUCACAAUCAACCUGAUACCCCAAAAUAAACAAUUUUGCACAAGCCUAAAUCAAUUACGGGCACAGUUUACCAACCUCCGCUUCAGGCACUCAUUCUUCUGGCGUCUCUUCAUUGUCUUCUUCAGGUAGCUUCACAGUUCAAAAUGGAUGGACCAUGAUAAUGUCCCAAUUUUAAUGUCUAAGGAAUAAUCUGAUUUUCCCAGAAAGACUCAUGUCUCACCUGAGCCCCACCACAUACCAGCAUACAAGCAACAUGAGAGAAGUUUGGAACAGAUCUCUCUCCAUGCUCACUCCACGUGGACUUCUGUCGCACUCCUGAGAGAAAAGGCAUGAGAGAAAAAGCAGUUCAUAGAUUCGAUUGGAUGCUGUGUACAGGUUGCUGGCUUGGACUCAGGUCUCUAGGUAGAAGUGGUGCAGGACAGGGCCGUAUUGAACACCAUUUCUUCAACCGGUUAGAGGGGGUUUUGAGGUUCACACCAUUCUCGGCCAAAUGAUCCAUUUCAUGCAUAUAGAUACCAUCUGUAGUCACCUUCACCAUAACCUCGAGAGAGAUCAGAACAACAGUUUAGUUCAGUUCAUUUCUGAUUCAGGAAAUCCAGACAAGCAUUGACUGUAGGACAAAUUAUUACCUUUACCAAUAUUCUCAAUACACAUUUCUGACCCACUGGAAUUGUGAUACACUGAAUUAAAAGUGAAAUAAUCUGUCUGUAAACAAUUGUUGGAAAAGUCCUAACCGACUUGCCAAAACUAUAGUUUGUUAACAAGAAAUGGUUGAAAAAACAAGUUUUAAUGACUCCAACCUAAGUGUAUGUAAACUUCUGACUCAACUGUACGUUUUUUCCAGCAACAGACUAGGAUCGAUGAUGUCAAAAGCUGCACUGAUUCUGUCACGGUCGUUGAGAGACGGGUCAGACCAAGGUGCAGCGUGGUAUGCAAACAUGUUUAUUUAACUCCAUAAACAUAAACAUAAACAAAACAAGAAACAAUGUAACGUGAAGUCCUCAGGCUAAACACAUACAAGCCUAACACGGGACAAGAUCCCACAACUAAGGUAGGCAAACAGGCUACUUAAGUAUGAUCCCCAAUCAGAGACAACAAGCGACAGCUGUCUCUGAUUGGGAAUCACACCCGGCCAAACAUAGAAACAACACAUCUAGAUCCUAAACAUUGAAAUCUUAUACAUAGAGUUUCACACCCUGACCAAACUACCUAGAGAAUAACAGUCUCUCCAGGUCAGGGUGUAACAGUCCGGCCGCACCAACCUGACUCAUUAGGGUAGGGUCUGGGUGAGCAUUCAGCCUUAGAGGCGGAUCUGGCUCCGGGCGUGACGACCUCUCCCUCUCUGCCUCCCCGUUGCGCCCCUGGUCUGGUCUGGUCCUCAGCGUGAUACUUCCCCUCUCCUUCCUCCCACGAUGCACCAAGCCCUGUCUGGACCCUGGGGUGGGAGACCUCGAAACUGGAGAGGGGCUGACGGCUGGGCCUGGAUCGGCAAUCCUCCCGCGAUGCACCAAGCCCUGUCUGGACCCUGGUGUGGGAGGCCCCGACCCUGGAGAGGGGCUGACUUCUGGGUCUGGAGUGGAGCCGCUGACCGGAGCUGAACUGGACCCCGGUGGAGCGGACUGCUCUGGCUCCGGAGUGGAGCCGCUGACCGGAGCUGGACUGGGCACCGGUGGAGCGGACUGCUCUGGCUCUGGAGUGGAGCCACUGACCGGAGCUGGACUGGGCACCGGUGGAGCGGACUGCUUUGACUCCGGAGUGGAGCUGCUGACCAGAGCUGGGAACACGCACCACUGGCUUGGUGCGAGGAGCAGGCACGGGCCAGGCCGGACUGGGAACAUGCACCACUGGUCUGGUGCGAGGAGCAGGAACGGGCCGGGCUAGACUGGAGACACGCACCACAGGUCUGGUGCGAGGAGCAGGAACGGGCCGGGCCGGACUGGGGACACGCACCACUGGCCUGGUGCUGGGAGCAGGUACGGGGCGUACCGGGCUGGCGACACGCACCACUGGCUUGGUGCGAGGAGCAGGCACGGACCUUACCGGACUGGGAGCACGCACCACUGGCUUGGUGCGAGAAGCUGGCACGAGGCGUACCGGACUGGGAACCAGCGCUGGAGGUCUACGACCGUACCAGUCCUUUACUCUCCACGCCCAAUCCUCCUCCAGUGAGGACUCCUCCUUGAGCCCCCACGAGUGCAGUGGUUGGGGCUCUUCUCUAUCGAUCCCCGACCACCCAAAAAAUAUUGGGGCUUUCUCUCAGGCUUCCUCCUCGGCCGGCGCCUUCUGUGUUGCCGUUGCUCCUCUCUAACCCGGGCUUCCUCUGUCUGUUCCCAAGGACGGUGAUCCAUCCCAGCCUGGAUCUCCUCCCAUGUCCAAGAUCCCUUACCAUCCAGGAUCUCCUCCCAUGUCCAGGAUGUCUGCUCCUGGCCACGCUGCUUGGUCCUCAUUUGGUGGGAUCUUCUGUCACGGUCGUUGAGAGACGGGUCAGACCAAGGUGCAGCAUGGUAUGCGAACAUGUUUAUUUAACUCAAUAAACAUAAACAAAACAAAAAACAACGUAAUGUGAAGUCCUCAGGCUAAACACAUACAAGCCUAACACGGAACAAGAUCCCACAACUAAGAUAGGCAAACAGGCUACUUAAGUUGUUCUUAACAACGAGCGACAGCUGUCUCUGAUUGCGAAUCACACCCGGCCAAACAUAGAAACAACACAUCUAGAUCCUAAACAUAGAAAUCUUAUACAUAGAGUUUCACACCCUGACCAAACUCCCUAGAGAAUAACAGUCUCUCCAGGUCAGGGUGUGACAGAUGUCUACAAAACACCUCCCCCACAAUCUUUUUAUCAUAAAUUUCUCUCAGCCAAUCAUCAGUAAUUUGUGUAAGUGCUGUGCUUGUUGAAUGUCCUUCCCUAUAAGCGUGCUGAAAGUCUAUUGUCAAUUUGUUUACUAUAAAUAGCAUUGUAUCUGGUCAAACACCAUUUUUCCAAAUGUUUACUAAGGGUUGGUAACAGGUCUGCUAUUUGAGACAGUAAAGGGGGGCUUUACUAUUCCUAGGUAGGGGAAUAACUUUUCCUUCCCUCCAGGCCUGAGGGCACACACUUUCUAGUAGGCUUAAAUUGAAGAUAUGGCAAAUAGGAGUGGUAAUAUCGUCCGCUUUUAUCCUCAGUAAUUUUCAAUCCAAGUUGUCAGACCCCAGCGGCUUGUCAUUGUUGAUAGAUAACAAUAAUUGUUUCACCCCUUCCACACUUACUUUACGGAAUUCAAAAUUACAAUGCUUGUCUUUCAUAAUUUGGUCAGAUAUACUUGGAUGUGUAGUGUCAACGUUUGUUGCUGGCAUAUCAUGCCUAAAUUUGCUAACCUAGCCAAUGAAAAAAUCAUUAAAGUAGUUGGCAAUAUCAGUGGGUUUUUUGAUGAAUGAGCUAUCUGAUUUUAUAAAUGAUGGAGCGGGGUUUGCGUUUUUUCCCAAAAUUUCAUUUAAGGUGCUCCAAAGCAUUUUACCAUUAUUCUUUGUCAUUUAUCUUUGUUUCAUUUUGUAGUUUCUUCUUCUUUUUAUUCAGUUUAGUCAAAAUCAUUUCUCAAUUUGCGGUAUGUUUUCCAAUUUGGUUGUACAGCCAGACUUCUUCGCCAUUUCUUUUGCCUCAUCCCUCUCAACCAUAACAUUUUUCAAUUCCUCAUCAAUCCACGGGGAAGUCCUAGGUUGAGCUGCUUUUGAAAGCAAGUCGAAUUGAAAACAGUAUUGGUAUUGUUGAAUUUGAUUUUCAUAAUAGCAAGCUAGGUCUGAUGGUUUGGUUAGCUAAAUAAGCAAGUCUGUUUGUUUGGUUAUCAUGGCAACUACUGUAGGGAUCUAGUAAACUUGCUAGCUACUUCAGUGGAUGUUGAAGACAUAUCCCCUGGCAAAUGAACACAUUUCUAGUGGCAAAUGUGUUCAAUUAUAGCCAUGGUAUAAAAUGGGACUCGGGGCUCUAAGCGUUCUCUGGAAAAUAAUGCAACUCUGUGGAUGGUCAGCUCCACUCUGCUAGCAUGUCGUGGAACACACCUUCCCCGUUGUUCAUUAUUUUCAAUAGAACGCAUAGCCCCUCGUUGAUUAUCCCUUACACAAUGGAUGUCUAUAGUGAAGGGCAUUGAGAGUAUAGUCCAUCUCUAUGUUGUAGGACAGCGGUAGUAGAGUAUAUACUUACAGUGGAUGUCUAUUAUGUUGUUGUAGAUCUUCUCUGUGUUUCUGUAAAGGGAUGGUUUCUACUCCAGCUCCCUGCAGCUAGUCUAGGUGUGUGGUCAAGGAUAUGAAUUGUACUCGAGAUAGGGGUAUCUGGAGCUGACAAUUGAUUUAUGAAUGGCUAGGUGAUAAAACCAACAGCCACAUUCCAUUCUAUGAUUAGUGGUAUGUGAAAGGGAGAUGUCUCCGGUCUGACUGAGCCUGCAUUUUCAUAGACUGAAUUGGUGUUUAUGUUAUGUAAGGUACCAGGGAGAGAUGGCUCGGGUAUGGAUAAUGUUGAUAAGAACCUUGUCUUGGGGGCCAAACCCUGGUUUCCAUACAAUGAGAACAGUCUUCACUGCAGAUACUGUCUGCUGUGAAUUAUUCAUUAUUCAACAAAUCCUAACCUUUUGACCCAUUCCACACAUCUGCUGUUUGUCAUGUAAGACUACGAGGGAGUAUCUUUGCUAUAAAAUAUAUUUUGUAUUCUCUGUAUGUCAGAGCUCUCGGCCCAACACUUAAGAGAGUUGGGUCGACCAGCCUCAAUAUUGCAGAGCACUCACUCCAUUCAUGGGUGUGGGUGGUGUGACCUGCUGACCGCUCCUGAAGACCUGGGUAAACUGUGCACAGGAGAUCAGAAAUUGGGAUCUCAGGGAAAACCAUGCUCAUGUAGAGCAGCUGGACCCGCCUAUGAUCUGAGAGGAAGCGGGCGCGGGUGGAUGCAAGAUCCCAAACAUAGUACUGAGAGAGGUGAGCUUGGACAAUCUAUCAAUAAGUGAUGACAAGAUAAGAAAAAUAUAAAACAAUAUAAAAAUAAGAAAAGCUGUUGAGGGUACGCUCAGAGCGAGGUUUUCCUUAGGAGGGCCACAGCUGAGGUAACUAGCAGGACUGUGUUGAGUUGAUAGGAGUGUUCUUAAGUGAGGUAUCCUGGACAUAAUUCUUAAUUAGCCAGUUGCAGGCAACCAAAAGUCCAGAUCCGUGGUAAUGGGUUAAUCACAUUAGGACUGGUGAGGUUAAUGUGUAGAGCGAGGAACUAGAGCGCGAGUGGCCUUGCGAGGGCACUUGGCUUGGUGAAGCUCAUUGAACGAGGAACUAGAGUGCAGAUGACGCCUUGCGAGGGCAUCUGGCUUGGUGAAGUUCAAUUAUAACGUGUAAUGUUUCUAUGAAAUGUUUGAUAAAUAAGGUAAACAAGUAUGGGUUACCAUUGUUAGAUAUUAUUGUGAGUGUUUGUGGUAUUCUGUGAAUGUGAUAUGAGAGUUGUAUGAGUGUAGAAAUAAGUGUUCAUCUGAAGUUUGGGUAAUAACAUAUAGAAAUGUGCAUAAUAAGAAAUUGGAAUUUGCAUAAUAAGAUGAUUUACAUUUGGAUAAUAAGUUUUGAUAUAUAGUUCCACCACUACCCAUCAUAGAAUAUCAUGGGGUGGUAUUGAGUGUGGGAUGUUAUUUUAGACAGUAGCGGCAAGUCUAUAAUUUCUGGACGUCUAGAGAACCGUUGAGGAUACGUGUGGAGCAUUAUUCCCAUAACCCGCAGGGCAGCGUCUGGGAAACCGAUGUUUUUGGGUUCCGCUGGGAGUAUGUUUGCAGAGUUGCUUUGUGGCGAUGGAGAGUCGUUGAAAACACACAUGGAGUGGUGGAUGUGAGUACCUAAGAUUUCUAACGUUAUGUAUAGAUUCUGUGAAUGUAUGAAAAUAUGACAAAUUGUAUGGGUGUAUAAUCGAUUACUAGAGAUUUGAUAAAGUAUGAAUGGACAUAAUGAUAAUAUACCAACUUGCGCACCCAAACUUAGAUGUACGUCAGGGAUGGGAAAAAAUAAAUAAACGUUUUCUGAGUGGUCCGUUUAUGGAUCAUUUGAUAAAGAUAAGGUUUAAGCAUUAUAUUACUGUCUACAAAGUCUGGGGAGUCUCAGAAACUGAUUGGGGUAUGUCCACUUUUGAAAAAUAUGGGGAAAUUACUUACCCUAACCGAUGUAACUAUAAAACGCGUAUGGGAUUUUCUCAGUCUGGGUUCAACAUGUAAGAAAAAAAACUGCCCUUAAGGCCUGGAAAUUAUUGACGUAACUUAUAACAGUACAAAGCCAAAUUAGGGUUUCCAUCAAAGUAAUUAUCAUUGCGGAGCUAAUGUGAUGUAGUAAAGGAAUUUCAUUAUAUCGCAAGGUAAAAGAUAAUCCGUUUUUAUUAAACUCCCCAGAUCUGUUUCCAAAUCCAUGAAAGUGUAUUUAACUCGUUGACUGCUAAUUUGUUCCCUUUGAGCAUGUGAGAUAUUUGCAAAGAAACACUUGGACGACCUUUAAAGCUAUUUUCUGGUAAUGUUGUUGUUAUUAUGUGUCAGAUGUUAAGACUACAAACCAUUGUAAUUGGGUUAUUUGUGGGAUUUACUUGUCAUUUCAAAAGUUAUAGGGUCUGUGUUACUGACUAAAAUCUAGGUUUCUGAUUGUAAUUCAACUAUGGCCAUGAGUUGCUUAGCUAGGUACAGCUGCCAGUAUUUGCUUUAAGAUGUAAACUGAACGAUUUAGCAGCUUGCUUAUUCAAAUUUAAUGACUCAUUUAUUCAACAUGAAUAGCGGGAGGAUUUCGAGGUAAUCAUUUUUUUUUUGUUGCCUGAUGGUUUGCUGGAGGAACCUACUGAGAAUGGGGUUGUAAAUUAAAACAAUGAAUUGAAUAUGGAUAUGAAUUGAAUAUAUGCUUGUUAACAACAGCAAGUGUUUGUUUUAUUAUCUGUAGUCUACUCAGAGGGGACUGUUACCUACCGUACCAGUCAAAAGUUUGGACACACGUACUCAUUCAAAGAUUUUUCUUUAUUUUUACUAUUUUAUACUUUGUAGAAUAAUAUUGAAGACAUCAAAACUAUGAAAAAACACAUAUGGAUUCAUGUAGUAACCAAAAAAAGUGUUAAACAAAAUAAAUAUGUUAUAUUUGAGAUUCUUCACAUUCGCCACCCUUUGCCUUGAUGACAGCUUUGCACACUCUUGGCAUUCUCUCAACCAGCAUCAUGAGGUAGUCACCUGGAAUGCAUUUCAAUGAACAGGUGUGCCUUGUUCAAAGUUAAUUUGUGGAAUUGAUUUCCUUCUUAAUGCAUUUGAGCCAAUCAGUUGUGUUGUGACAAGGUAGGGGUGGUAUACAUAAGAUAGCCCUAUUUGGUAAAAUACCAAGUCCAGAUUAUGGCAAGAACAGCUCAAAAAAGCAAAGAGAAAAAACAGUCCAUCAUUACUUUAAGACAUGAAGGUCAGUCAAUCCGGAAAAUGUCAAGAACUUGGAAAGUUCUUCAAGUGCAGUCGCAAAACCAUCAAGCGCUAUGAUGAAACUGGCUCUCAUGAGGACUCCACAGGAAAGAAAGACCCAGAGUUACCUCUGCUGCCGAGGAUAAGUUCAUUAGAGUUACCAGCCUCAGAAAUUGCAGUACAAAUAAAUGCUUCACAGAGUUCAAGUAACAGACACAUCUCAACAUCAACUGUACAGAGGAGACUGCGUGAAUCAGGCCUUCAUGGUCAAAUUGCUGCAAAGAAACCACUACUAAUGGACACCAAUAAUAAGAAGAGACUUGCUUGGCCAAUAAACAUGAGCAAUGGACAUUAGACCGGUGGAAAUCUGUCCUUUGGUCUGAUGACUCCAAAUGUUUGGUUCCAACCGCCGUGUCUUUGUGAGACGCAGAGUAGGUGAACGGAUGAUCCCCGCAUGUGUGGUUCCCACCAUAAAGCAUGGAGGAGGAGGUGUGAUGGUGUGGGGGUGCUUUGCUGGUAACACUGUCUGUGAUUUAUUUAGAAUUCAAGGCACACUUAACCAGCAUGGCUACCACAGCAUUAUGCAGCGAUACACCAUCCUAUCUGGUUUGCACUCCGUGGGACUAUCAUUUCUUUUUCAACAGGACAAUGACCCAAAACACCACCAGGCUGUGUAAGGGCUAUUUGACCAAGAAGGAGAGUGAUGGAGUGCUGCAUCAGAUGACCUGGCGACCACAAUCUCCUGACCUCAACCCAAUUUUUAUUUUUUUAUUUUUUUAUUUCAACUUUAUUUAACCAGGUAAACCAGUUGAGAACAAGUUCUCAUUUACAACUGCGAUCUGGCCAAGAUAAAGCAAAGCAGUGCGAUAAAAACAACAACACAGAGUUACAUAUGGGGUAAAACAAAACAAAAAUCAAAAAAAUACAACAGAAAUACAAUUAAUAUACAGUGUGCAAAUUUAGCAAGUUAUGGAGGUAAGGCAAUAAAAUAGGCUAUAGUGCAAAAUAAUUACAAUUUAGUAUUAACACUGGAAUGAUGUGCAAGAGAUGAUGUGCAAAUAGAGAUACUGGGGUACAGAUGAGCAAAAUAAAUAACAAUAUAGGGAUGAGGUAGUUGGGCGGGCUAAUUUCAGAUGGGCUGUGUACAGGUGCAGUGAUCGGUAAGGUGCUCUGACAACUGAUGCUUAAAGUUAGUGAGGGAGAUAAGUGUCUCCAGCUUCAGAGAUUUUUGCAAUUUGUUCCAGUCAUUGGCAGCAGAGAACUGGAAGGAAUUGCGGCCAAAGGAGGUGUUGGCUUUGGGGAUGACCAGUGAGAUAUACCCGCUGGAGCGCAGACUACGGGUGGGUGUUGCUAUGGUGACCAAUGAGCUAAGAUAAGGCGGGGAUUUGCCUAGCAGUGAUUUAUAGAUGGCCUGGAGCCAGUGGGUUUGGCGACGAAUAUGUAGUGAGGACCAGCCAACAAGAGCGUACAGGUCACAGUGGUGGGUAUUAUAUGGGGCUUUGGAGACAAAACGGAUGGCACUGUGAUAGACUACAUCCAAUUUGCUGAGUAGAGUGUUGGAGGCUAUUUUGUAAAUGACAUCGCCGAAGUCAAGGAUCGGUAGGAUAGUCAGUUUUACGAGGGCAUGUUUGGCAGCAUGAGUGAAGGAGGCUUUGUUGCGAAAUAGGAAACCGAUUCUAGAUUUAACUUUGGAUUGGAGAUUCUUAAUGUGAGUCUGGAAGGAGAGUUUACAGUCUAACCAGACACCUAGAUAUUUGUAGUUGUCCACGUACUCUAGGUCAGACCCGUCUAGAGUAGUGAUUCUAGUCGGGUGGGCGGGUGCAAGCAGCGUUCGGUUGAAGAGCAUGCAUUUAGUUUUACUAGUGUUUAAGAGCAGUUGGAGGCUACUGAAGGAGUGUUGUAUGGAAUUGAAGCUCGUUUGGAGGUUUGUUAACACAGUGUCCAAUGAAGGGCCAGAUGUAUACAAAAUGGUGUCGUCUGCGUAGAGGUGGAUCUGACAGUCACCAGCAGCAAGAGCGACGUCAUUGAUAUACACAGAGAAAAGAGUUGGCCCAAGAAUUGAACCCUGUGGCACCCCCAUAGAGACUGCCAUGGGUCCAGACAACAGGCCCUCCGAUUUGACACAUUGAACUCUAUCUGAGAAGUAGUUGGUGAACCAGGCGAGGCAGUCAUUUGAGAAACCAAGGCUAUUUAGUCUGCCAAUAAGAAUGCGGUGGUUGACAGAGUCGAAAGCCUUGGCCAGGUCAAUGAAAACGGCUGCACAGUACUGUCUAUUAUCGAUCGCGGUUAUAAUAUCAUUUAGGACCUUGAGCGUGGCUGAAGUGCACCCAUGACCAGCUCGGAAACCGGAUUGCAUAGCGGAGAAGGUACGGUGGGAUUCGAAAUGGUUGGUGAUCUGUUUGUUGACUUGGCUUUCAAAAACUUUUGAAAGGCAGGGCAGGAUGGAUAUGGGUCUGUAACAGUUUGGAUCUAGAGUGUCACCCCCUUUGAAGAGGGGGAUGACCGCGGCAGCUUUCCAAUCUCUGGGGAUCUCAGACGUUACGAAAGAGAGGUUGAACAGGCUAGUAAUAGGGGUUGCGACAAUUUCGGCGGCUAGUUUUAGAAAGAAAGGGUCCAGAUUGUCUAGUCCAGAUGAUUUGUAGGGGUCCAGAUUUUGCAGCUCUUUUAGAACAUCAGCUGUCUGGAUUUGUGUGAAGGAGAAGCGGGGGGGGCAUGGGCAAGUUGCAGCGGAGGGUGCAGAGCUGGUGGCCGGGGUAGUGGUAGCCAGGUGGAAAGCAUGGCCAGCCGUAGCAAAAUGCUUGUUGAAAUUCUCGAUUAUUGUAGAUUUAUCGGUGGUGAUAGUGUUUCCUAGCCUCAGUGCAGUGGGCAGCUGGGAGGAAGUGCUCUUAUUUUCCAUGGACUUUACAGUGUCCCAAAACUUUUUGGAGUUAGUGCUACAGGAUGCAAAUUUCUGUUUGAAAAAGUUAGCCUUUGCUUUCCUAACUGCUUGUGUAUAUUGGUUCCUAACUUCCCUGAAAAGUUGCAUAUCACGGGGGCUAUUUGAUGCUAAUGCAGUACGCCACAGGAUGUUUUUGUGCUGGUCAAGGGCAGUCAAGUCUGAGGAGAACCAGGGGCUAUAUCUGUUCUUAGUUCUGUAUUUUUUGAAUGGGGCAUGUCUAUUUAAGAUUGAGAGGAAAUUACUUUUAAAGAACAACCAGGCAUCCUCUACUGACGGAAUGAGAUCUAUAUCCAUCCAGGAUACCUGGGCCAGGUCAAUUAGGAAGGCCUGCUCGCUGAAGUGUUUUUGGGAGCGUUUGACAGUGAUGAGGGGUGGUCGUUUGACCGCGGACCCGUUACGGACGCAGGCAAUAAGGCAGUGAUCGCUGAGAUCCUGGUUGAAGACAGCGGAGGUGUAUUUAGAGGGUAAGUUAGUCAGGAUGAUAUCUAUGAGGGUACCCAUGUUUACGGAUUUAGGGUUGUACCUGGUAGGUUCGUUGAUAAUUUGCGUGAGGUUGAGGGCAUCUAGCUUGGAUUGUAGGAUGGCUGGGGUAUUAAGCAUAUCCCAAUUUAGGUCACCAAGCAGUACGAACUCUGAGGAUAGAUGGGGGGCAAUCAAUUCACAUAUGGUGUCCAGGGCACAGCUGGGGGCUGAGGGGGGUCUGUAGCAAGCGGCAACAGUGAGAGAUUUAUUUCUGGAAAGGUGGAUUUUUAGAAGUAAAAGCUCAAACUGUUUGGGCACAGACCUGGAUAGUAUGAUGGAACUCUGCAGGCUAUCUCUACAGUAGAUUGCAACUCCACCCCCUUUGGCAGUUCUAUCUAGACGGAAAAUGUUAUAGUUGGGGAUGGAAAUUUCAGAAUUUUUGGUGGCCUUCCUAAGCCAGGAUUCAGACACUGCUAGAACAUCAGGGUUGGCGGAGUGUGCUAACGCAGUGAAUAACUCAAACUUAGGAAGGAGGCUUCUGAUAUUUAUGUGCAGAAAACCAAGACUUUUACAAUUUAAAUGGUUUGGGAUUAGUUGGACAGCAGAGUGAAGGAAAAGCAGCAAACAAGUGCUCAGCAUAUGUGGGAACUCCUUUAAGACUGUUGGAAAAGCAUUCCAGGUGAAGCUGGUUGAGAGAAUGCCAAGAGUGUGCAAAGCUGUCAUCAAGGCAAAGGGUGGCUACUUUGACGAAUCUGAAAUCUAAAAAACAGUGGGGAGAACAAGUAUUUGAUACACUGCUGAUUUUGAAGGUUUUCCUACUUACAAAGCAUGUAGAGGUCUGUAAUUGUUAUCAUAGGUACACUUCAAAUGUGAGAGACGGAAUCUAAAACAAAAAUCCAGAAAAUCACAUUGUAUGAUUUUUAAGUAAUUAAUUUGCAUUCUAUUGCAUGACAUAAGUAUUUGAUACAUCAGAAAAGCAGAACUUAAUAUUUGGUACAGAAACCUUUGUUUGCAAUUACAGAGAUCAUACAUUUCCUGUAGGUCUUGACCAGGUUUGCACACACUGCAGCAGGGAUUUUGGCACACUCCUCCAUACAGACCUUCUCCAGAUCCUUCAGGUUUCGGGGCUGUCGCUGGGCAAUACGGACUUUCAGCUCCCUCCAAAGAUUUUCUAUUGGGUUCAGGUCUGGAGACUGGCUAGGCCACUCCAGGACCUUGAGAUGCUUCUUAUGGAGCCACUCCUUAGUUGCCCUGGCUGUGUGUUUGGGGUCGUUGUCAUGCUGGAAGACCCAGCCACGACCCAUCUUCAAUGCUCUUACUGAGGGAAGAUGGUUGUUGGCCAAGAUCUUGCGAUACAUGGCCCAAUCCAUCCUCCCCUCAAUACGGUGCAGUCGUCCUGUCCCCUUUGCAGAAAAGCAUGCCCAAAGAAUAAUGUUUCCACCUCCAUGCUUCACGGUUGGGAUGGUGUUCUUGGGGUUGUACUCAUCCUUCUUCUUCCUCCAAACACGGCGAGUGGAGUUUAGACCAAAAAGCUCUAUUUUUGUCUCAUCAGACCACAUGACCUUCUCCCAUUCCUCCUCUGGAUCAUCCAGAUGGUCAUUGGCAAACUUCAGAUGGGCCUGGACAUGCGCUGGCUUGAGCUGGGGGACCUUUCGUGCGCUGCAGGAUUUUAAUCCAAGACGGCGUAGUGUGUUACUAAUGGUUUUCUUUGAGACUGUGGUCCCAGCCCUCUUCAGGUCAUUGACCAGGUCCUGCCGUGUAGUUAUGGGCUGAUCCCUCACCUUCCUCAUGAUCAUUGAUGCCCCACGAGGUGAGAUCUUGCAUGGAGCCCCAGACCGAGGGUGAUUGACCGUCAUCUUGAACUUCUUCCAUUUUCUAAUAAUUGCGCCAACAGUUGUUGCCUUCUCACCAAGCUGCUUGCCUAUUGUCCUGUAGCCCAUCCCAGCCUUGUGCAGGUCUACAAUUUUAACCCUGAUGUCCUUACACAGCUCUCUGGUCUUGGCCAUUGUGGAGAGGAUGGAGUCUGUUUGAUUGAGUGUGUGGACAGGUGUCUUUUAUACAGGUAACGAGUUCAAACAGGUGCAGUUAAUACAGGUAAUGAGUGGAGAACAGGAGGGCUUCUUAAAGAAAAACUAACAGGUCUGUGAGAGCCGGAAUUCUUACUGGUUGGUAGGUAAUCAAAUACUUAUGUCAUGCAAUAGAAUGCAAAUUAAUUACUUAAAAAUCAGACAAUGUGAUUUUCUGGAUUUUUGUUUUAGAUUCCGUCUCUCACAGUUGAAGUGUACCUAUGAUAAAAAUUACAGACCACUACAUGCUUUGUAAGUAGGAAAACCUGCAAAAUCGGCAGUGUAUCAAAUACUUGUUCUCCCCACUGUAUAUUUGAUUUGUUUAGGUUACUACAUGAUACCAUAUGUGUUAUUUCAUAGUUUUGAUGUCUUCAAUAUUAUUCUACAAUUUAGAAAAUAGUAAAAACAAAGAAAAACCCUUGAAUGAGUAGGUGUGUCCAAACUUUUGACUGGUACUGCGUAUCUAUUGCAUUCUAAUAAUAGCGGAUAGGUAAUUGCGAUAGAGCUGUGACCAUGAUCAUAAUUGAUAUCUAAACAUGGGUAUUAAUUAUUGCAUGAUAAUACAAGGCUACAACAGCAAUGAAUUGAAGUUGUGGGCAGUAAGAGAGGUCAUUGUGAAGUGUUUUAGCUCCCAUCGAAAUGUAUCUUUUUCCUUAUGGAUUGACUGAUGUAUUUUUUACAUUCGGCGCAUUACAUGUUCAUUUUAAAAUAAUGGACAUUUAAUAACUGUGAUGCAGAAAGAGAAGACAAAGUUGUCAAGGUUUUUUAAAACUUUCCGAUAGAAGUAAACGCAGAACGUUGUUUGAGAAUGGUUUUAAUUGUUUUCUGCUGGAACGAAUAGAAGAGUUUCCAUGUUUUAGUCCGCGGGUGUAAGCGACUGGUGCUCGCUGAACUCAAGCGGGCUGUAAGGGACAUAGUGGGUUAGUUUGGUGUAGAGGUAUGACUAAGUUGAAUGCGGAGAUGUUCUUUGACAAUUACUAGUUAUUAUUACUCAAUUCUAUAGUUUGGGUAACACCAGUGAUUUAAGCAAACAGUUAAUAUAUUCUAAACCGAUAAUCUGUUUCUAUUACGUGGAACAGUGUCAAGUAAUUAAAAUGGAUUGCAGUUAGUUUUGACUAUUACGCUGAUGAGACAGCACCAACUUGUUGAAGGUUCUAGAUUUGUUAAUCAAAAGGUUUAUAUUUUUACUAAAUCAAUGCAACAGGUUGCAAUAAUAAUAUUUCCGGAAAGGGGUUCUAGGUUUGUUUAUUUUAGAAGGUGUUUGUUCUGCUUAACGGGACGCUGUAUAAUCUGAUGUGUUUUAACUUUACCCUACGAGAAAUUAGAUUGAAGUUAAUGUUGGGAGUAAGUGUUAGUAGAGUUUUUAAGAAUCAAUUCUGUCAAGCAACAUAUUGGGGUUAGCAAAUCUAAAAUGACCUUUUAAAAUGUUUGUUCAUGAACAUGAAGGGCAUUGUGGUGUGUUAGUUACGGGAAAAUCAUGCUAAAAUAAGAGAGACCAGUCAGAUAUGGGAGUGAAUCGUUAGACUCAUUGGCGAGAUACAUGUUUCCUUGUCUAAGGGUAGCGUGUCUAAAUAAGAGUACAUAAACGUUGGGGUGGAUUAAAACAAACAAUUAAUGAUUGGAUGGAGUACAGUGGACUUAUCAUUAUCAUGUUUUGUUUGUAAUUAAAACUUUUUGGUUGCUAAUUAAGAUGUAGCGUAUUGAAUGUUAACGAAAUGUACACUUUCUCUUCCUGGAGAGGAGGGUAGUCAUUAUCUCUCUCUUUGGAAUGUUCCCAAAUUCUGUGGUCUGGGGAGCGUAGUUAGUUAAAUUUGGCAGUUUUAUAAGUAUGAAGGUAUCCGGAUUCAGCCGUAAAGGGAGCUAACAAAUUAAAUAAGGCCUGGCCAUUUUUGUUUGUUUUUGCCCUAUGGUUUGCAAAUACCCACACACAACACACGUGUUAUGAAUAUUUGUCAGUGUUUUAAUACCAUGUCUGAUUUAUUAGGAGUGGUCUAUUUCAUUUGGGUUUAGUGGGUUUUCACAGGUUAGACAGACUGCACCUUAAAGGGGCACAGACAUGGAAUUUCUGUGUUUUAAUUGAAAACGUGAAUUAUUUUGAUAUGAAAUGUACUGAGAAAACUUACUGUAACACUGGGAUACGAAAUAUAUGAAAUGUUUGACUGUUUUUAAAUAUUUAGUCUAAUAUAGAAAGAAACACUUAUGUGAAGGGUUUGAAUGACCUCUGACCUCUGUCCUGACUUUCUAGUGUGGUUUGAUCGCCCUCACUGGAAAGCCGAGAGACAUUGGGUGAUGAUUUAAAGGUCAUCUGUAAUACUGAUUUGAAGGCCAUUUGUAAUGCUGAAAAUUAUUGACAAGUUUAUUUGUGAUUCCGUCGAUGGGAGAAGGAGAAGGCGUUGCCUUUCAAUAAUGGUAGGCUGUGUGUUAUGUCUAUUUUCCUAUGACCGUAUGGGUACAAUUUUUUCUUUAUGGAUUUGUUAUUUUAAAUUGUUUUAUUUUUAUUUAUCCAGUAGUAGUGUUGUUGUUUUUACAUACUAAUCACAUAAUGAGUAAUAGGUCAAAAGGGGGAAUUACCAGUCCUCUGAAGUUUUUUGGAUUGAAGUUUAACACACCUUGAGUGAUAUACUGUAUACAGUUGAAGUCCGAAGUUUACAUACACUUAGGUUUACAUACACUUUCUUGUUAACAAACUAUAGUUUUGGCAAGUCGGUUAGGACAUCUACUUUGUGCAUGACACAAGGAAUUUUUCCAACAAUUGUUUACUUAUAAUUCACGGAAUACUUAUAAUUCACGGUAUCACAAUUCCGGUGGGUCAGAAGUUUACACACACUAAGUUGACUGUGCCUUUAAACAGCUUGGAAAAUUCCAGAAAAUGAUUUAAUGGCUUUAGAAGCUUAUUAUAGGUUAAUUGACAUCAUUUGAGUCAAUUGGAGGUGUACCUGUGGAUGUAUUUCAAGGCCUACCUUCAAACUCAGUGCUUCUUUCCUUGACAUCAUUGGAAAAUCUAAAAAAAUCUGGUUCAUUUAUAGGAGCAAUAUCCAAACGCCUGAAGGUACCACAUUCAUCUGUACAAACAAUAGAACGCAAGUAUAAACACCAUGGGACCACGCAGCCGUCAAACCGCUCAGGAAGGAGACGCAUUCUGUCUCCUAGAGAUUAACGUACUUUGGUGCGAAAAGUGCAAAUCAAUCCCAGAACAACAGCAAAGGACCGUGUGAAGAUGCUGGAGGAAACAGGUACAAAAGUAUCUAUAGCCACAGUAUAACGAGUCCUAUAUCGACAUAACCUGAAAGGCCGCUCAGCAAAGAAGAAGCCACUGCUCCAAAACCACCAUAAAAAAGCCAGACUACGGUUUAGGACUGCACAUGGGGACAAAGAUCAUACUUUUUGGAGAAAUGUCCUCUGGUCUUAUGAAACAAAAAUAGAACUGUUUGGUAACAAUAACCAUUGUUAUGUUUGGAGGAAAUGGGGGUACUUGCAAGCCGAAGAACACCAUCCCAACCGUGAAGCACGGGGGUGGCAGCAUAAUGCUCUUGCGGUGCUUUGCUGCAGGAGGGACUGGUGCACUUCACAAAAUAGAUGACAUCAUGAGGAAGGAAAAUUAUGUGGAUAUAUUGAAGCAACAUCUCAAGACAUCAGUCAGGAAGUUAAAGCUUGGUCGCAAAUGGGUCUUCCAAAUGGACAAUGACCCCAAGCAUACUUCCAAAGUUGUGACAAAAUGGCUUAAGGACAACAAAGUCAAGGUAUUGGAGUGGCCAUCACAUAGCCCUGACCUCAAUCCUAUAGAAAAUGUGUGGGCAGAACUGCAAAAGCGUGUUUAAGCAAGGAGGCCUACAAACCUGACUCAGUUAUACCAGCUCUGUCAGGAGGAAUGGGCCAAAAUUCACCCAACUUAUUUUGGGAAGCUUGUGGAAGGCUACCCGAAACGUUUGACCCAAGUUAAACAAUUUAAAGUCAAUCAAUACUAAUUGAGUGUAUGUGAACUCUGACCCACUGGGAAUGUGAUGAAAGAAAUAAAAGCUGAAAUAAAUAAUUAUCUCUACUAUUAUUCUGACAUUUCACAUUCUUAAAAUAAAGUGGUGAUAUUAACUGACCUAAAACAGGGAAUUUUUACUAGGAUUAAAUGUCAGGAAUUGUGAAAAACUGAGUUUAAAUGUAUUUGGCUAAGGUGUAUGUAAACUUACGACUUCAACUGUAUGUGUCAUGGCUUUACACCCCCUGCUAUAUUGUGAAUAAAGAGUAACCUGUCUACAGAACACAGAGAGUGUUCUUUAAUGGAAGCCUCUCUAAGAAAAUCCACGUAGAUUCAGGAAUUACCCAGGGCAGCUGUCUAGGCCCCUUACUUUUUUCAAUAUUUACUAACUACACGACACUGGCUUUGAGUAAAGCCAGUGUGUCUAUGCAUGCAGAUGUCUCAGCACUAUACAGGUCAGCUACUACAGCGACUGAAAUGACUGCAACACUUAACAAAGAGCUGCAGUUAGUUUCAGACAGGGUGGCAAGGAAUAAGUUAGUCCUAAAUAUUUCAAAAACUAAAAGCAUUGUAUUUGGGACAAAUCAUUCACUAAAUGCUAAACCUCAACUAAAUCGUGUAAUGAAUAAUGUGGAAAUGUUGCAAGUUGAGGUGACUAAACUGCUUGGAGUAACCCUGGAUUGUAAACUGUCAUGGUCGAAACAUAUUGACACAACCGUAGCUAGGAUGCCGAGAAGUUUGUCCAAAUAAAGCGCUGCUCUGCAUUCUUUACAGUAUUGUCAAGAAGGCAGGUCCUGCCAGGCCCUAGGUUUGUCACACCUGGACUACUGUUCAGUCAUUUGGUCACGUGCCACAAAGAAGGACUUAGGAAAAUUGCAAUUGGCUCAGAAUAGGGCAGCACGGCUGGUCCUUGGAUGUACACAGAGAGCUAACAUUAAUAAUACGCAUGUCAAUCUCUCCGGGCUCAAAGGGGAGGAGAGAUUGACUUCAUCACUACUUGUAUUUGUGAGAGGUAUUGACAUGUUGAAUGCAACGAGCUGUCUGUUUGAACUACUGGCUCACAGCUCGGACACCCAUGCAUACCCCACAAGACAUGCCACCAGAGAUCUCUUCACAGUUCACAAGUCCAGAACAGACUAUGGGAGGCGCACAGUAAUACAUAGAACCAUGACUACAUGGAACUCCAUUCCACAUCAAGUAACUCAUGCAAGCAGUAAAAUUUGAUUUAAAAAACAGAUACAAAUACACCUUGUGGAACAGCAGGGUCUCUGAAGCAACACAAACAUAGGCACAGACACAUGCAUACAAACACACAAUAACAUAUCCACUAUACACACACGUACACAUUGAUUUUGUGUUGUAGAUAUGUGGUAGUAGAGUAGGGGCCUGAGAGCACACACUUAAUAUGUUGUGAAAUGUGUUGUGAAUGUAUUGUUAUGUUUUUAAAAUUGUAUAAAUGCCUUAAUUUUGCUGGUCCCCAGGAAGAGUAGAUACUGCCUUGGCAACAGCUAAUGGGGAUCCAUAAUAAAUACAAACACAAAUACCUAAACCAUUGAAUUCUACAGUGCAAAUAUACCGUGAGUUAUAGGGAAAUAAUACACGCUCUAGAAUGCCCUUCAAGCCUAUCAGAAAGGAGUAUUCAACAAUGCCAUGGGAUAAAUGUAUAUACAGUUUCUGCCUUCACUGGCUUGGGCCUAGUAGUCCCGCUAACCAGUCUCUGUCUGUCUAUAGUAGACCCCUACUCUACCUGUGGAGCCUGUUUCCGCGGCUUCUGCCCUACUCACUGCUACUCCAGUCCCUCUGAUCUGGCCUGUUGCAACUGUUGUUGUCUUUAGCUUAAACAUACUGUAGUUCUGAGGCAUAGAGUGGUAUGGACCUUUAGAAGGUUUUCAUUGUACUGCUCUCCUACUGUGUGUAACCUAUCAAUCUGUGCCAGUCUUGACGCCUUAACACUCUGCCAUAAAUUAGAGAGUAGGAGAAUCUAUCUCUGGCCUUCUAGCAUUUGUUUCAGAGACUUUUACCGCCCAAAACUUUUACGUCCAAAAAGUAAACACUGGAACAAUAUUCCUAACAUCUUAUCUUAUCCAGUGUCCUGUGUGAAUUUAAGUAUGCUCUCUCUAAUUCUCUCGUUCUCUCUUUCUCUCUGAGAACCUGAGCCCUAGGACCAUACGUCAGGACUACCGGGCAUGCUGACACCUUGCUGUCCCCAGUCCGCCUGGCCUUGCUGCUAUUCCAGUUUCAACUGUUCUGCCUGCGGUUACGAAACCCCUACCUGUCCCAGACCUGCUGUUUUCAACUCUUAAUGAUCGGCUAUGAAAAGCCAACUGAGAGACCUGAGCCCUAGGACCAUAUGUCGGGACUACCGGCCGUGGUGACUCCUUGCUGUCCCCAGUCCGCCUGGCCUUGCUGCUAUUCCAGUUUCAACUGUUCUGCCUGCGGUUAUGGAACCCCUACCUGUCCCAGACCUGCUGUUUUCAACUCUUAAUGAUCGGCUAUGAAAAGCCAACUGAGAUUUAUUCCUGAUUAUUAUUUGACCAUGCUUGUCACUUAUGAACAUUUUUGAACAUCUUGGCAUGGUUCUGUUAUAAUCUCCACCCGGCACAGCCAGAAGAGGACUGGCCACCCCUCAUAGCCUGGUUCCUCUCUAGGUUUCUUCCUAGGUUUUGGCCUUUCUAGGGAGUUUUUCCUAGCCACCGUGCUUCUACACCUGCAUUACUAGCUGUUUGGGGUUUUAGGCUGGGUUUCUGUACAGCACUUCGAGAUAUUAGCUGAUGUAUGAAGGGCUAUAUAAAGUAAAAUUGAUUGAUUGACAUCCAAAUGUUUGGAAUGGUCACUGGGAAUCUAAUCAUGUCAUAUUGUUUAUUAUUAUAUAAAAAAGUAUUUAGUCAGCCACCAAUUGUGCAGGUUCUCCCACUUAAAAAGAUGAGAGAGGCCUGUAAUUUUCAUCGUAGGUACACGUCAACUAUGACAGACAAAUUGAGAAUUUGUUUCCCAGAAAAUCACAUUGUAGGAUUUUUAAUGAAUUUAUUUGCAGAUUAUGGUGGAAAAUAAGUAUUUGGUCACCUACAAACAAGCAAGAUUUCUGGCUCUCACAGACCUGUAACUUCUUCUUUAAGAGGCUCCUCUGUCCUCCACUCGUUACCUGUAUUAAUGGCACCUAUUUGAACUUGUUAUCAGUAUAAAAGACACCUGUCCACAACCUCAAACAGUCACACUCCAAACUCCACUAUGGCCAAGACCAAAGAGCUGUCAAAGGACACCAGAAACAAAAUUGUUGACCUGCACCAGGCUGGGGAAGACUGAAUCUGCAAUAGGUAUGCAGCUUGGUUUGAAGAAAUCAACUGUGGGAGCAAUUAUUAGGAAAUGGAAGACAUACAAGACCACUGAUAAUCUCCCUCGAUCUGGGGCUCCACGCAAGAUCUCACCCUGUGGGGUCAAAAUGAUCACAAGAACGGUGAGCAAAAAUCCCAGAACCACACGGGGGGACCUAGUGAAUGACCUGCAGAGAGCUGUGACCAAAGUAACAAAGCCUACCAUCAGUAACACACUACGCCGCCAGGGACUCAAAUCCUGCAGUGCCAGACGUGUCCCCCUGCUUAAGCCAGUACAUGUCCAGGUCCAUCUGAAGUUUGCUAGAGUGCAUUUGGAUGAUCCAGAAGAGGAUUGGGAGAAUGUCAUAUGGUCAGAUGAAACCAAAAUAUAACUUUUUGGUAAAAACUCAACUCGUCGUGUUUGGAGGACAAAGAAUGCUGAGUUGCAUCCAAAGAACACCAUACCUACUGUGAAGCAUGGGGGUGGAAACAUCAUGCUUUGGGGCUGUUUUUCUGCAAAGGGACCAGGACGACUGAUCUGUGUAAAGGAAAGAAUGAAUGGGGCCAUGUAUCGUGAGAUUUUGAGUGAAAAACUCCUUCCAUCAGCAAGGGCAUUGAAGAUGAAACGUGGCUGGGUCUUUCAGCAUGACAAUGAUCCCAAACACACCGCCCGGGCAACGAAGGAGUGGCUUCGUAAGAAGCAUUUCAAGGUCCUGGAGUGGCCUAGCCAGUCUCCAGAUCUCAACCCCAUAGAAAAAUCUUUGGGAGUUGAAAGUCCGUGUUGCCCAGCGACAGCCCCAAAACAUCACUGCUCUAGAGGAGAUCUGCAUGGAGGAAUGGGCCAAAAUACCAGCAACAGUGUGUGAAAACCUUGUGAAGACUUACAGAAAACGUUUGGCCUGUGUCAUUGCUAACAAAGGGUACAUAACAAAGUAUUUAGAAACUUUUGUUAUUGACCAAAUACUUAUUUUCCACCAUAAUUUGCAAAUAAAUUCAUAAAAAAAUCCUACAAUGUGAUUUUCUGGAUUCUUUUCUCUCAUUUUGUCUGUCAUAGUUGACGUGUACCUAUGAUGAAAAUUACAGGCCUCUUGCACAAUUGGUGGCUGACUAAAUACUUUUUUCCCCCACUGUAUAUGUCAGGUCUUCAUCCUUUACAUUGUGCAACUAAGAUGAUGAGAAUAUGUCUGUGAAGAUAUGAAUGUGAUUUUAGUUUUCUAACUACACUCACGGUGAUCCUAAUACUUUUGCCCAGUCAGUAGCCACGCCCGAGGGGGCUCAGAAAGAGUGUCGGCAUGAUGGAACGGCCCCUUUUUCCAGAGGGUAUAAAGGAUGAGUUGAGAAUUAACUUAUGAGACCAGAUGGACUCAAGCUGCAGCUUUUGUCUCCAUUGGUUACGACCCUGACAAUCAAUGUCUCUAAUGAUCAAUUUUACGGCUGAGUAGCUGUUCUAAGUACUGUAUCUAAGAAGGUAGAUUUAAUUGGGACCAUCCUGUUACUCUCUUCAAACCAUCGUCUACUACACUGCUCUCAUCACCCCACUGGGGAUCAUCGACACGGCGGAUUAGCUGUCUUCAGAGGACCACUCUUCUAGAACGAGUGAAAGGAAACACCACCCUGUUGGGAUUUGGCCCAGACUACAUGACCAGUCAUAUAAGCCACGGACAACUAAGACAAAGGACAUUGUGACCUCUGGUGGACAACCAGAAACAUACACUCCAAGUCGAGAGAAGACCCAACGAAACCCUUCCCAAGAAGGAUUGGGUCCAACAGAGAAAUAACUAUGAAGGAAGACAAUUCAGACACGUAAAAUCAUUAAUUGUUACUUCUCCCAAUGGGCGGUGGUUAGGGUGCUAAGUAUUCUGAUUACUGUGAGCGUUGUUUACAAAUGUAUAAGAUUUGCAUCUCUCUCCCUCUCUCUCUCUCUUUUCCUCUCUCUCUAUUCCUCCAUCUUUCGGUGAACAAGCAGUCAUGCGUAGUUAGUCCAUUAGGGACCUGUUUCCAUGAAAUGGGUUUCCAUGGCGAGUAACCACACACCAGCCUAAUAUCACCAUGCGCAAUGCUAAGUGUCGGCUGGAGUGGUGUAAAGCUUGCCGACAUUUGACUCUGGAGCAGUGGAAACGCGUUCUCUGGUAUGAUGAAUCACGCUUUACCACCUGGCAGUCCAACGGACAAAUCUGGGUUUGGCUAACAUCAAGAGUGUGGCUAGUAGUUGCUUUAUCUUGGCCAGGUCGCAGUUGUAAAUGAGAACUUGUUCUCAACUGGCUUACCUGCUUAAAUAAAGGUGAAAUAAAAUAAAUACAAAAGUAGUGAUCCACUGGGAACAGAACCUCCACUAACAGCUGCCUUGUGAUCCACUCCUUAACCGUAUUCCUGAUGAACCCUCAGUGUUUUGGUUUAGCCUAGCAUUAGUGCAGCAUAGCAUUUUUUGUCAUCAGUAAGGACUGUACAUAGUAAGUAGUUAAAAUGCAGGCCUUUAAGUAAGGGACAAACGCAGACUUCGGUACAUUACCUUGGAAAUAAUGGGCGAUGCAGCAGGACAAGGCUGAGCCGAGUAGCUUUGCGGAGUUCGUUUUUCCAAGGUAAUGUACAGAAUGGAGGCGUUUAUCCCGCUUAUACCACAGUUGCCAAAGAAAACAAUAUGAAAGCACACAUUUACCGGUAUAAAUAAUUGUUUUCGUUCAUACUUUCAUUUUUAUAAGCAAAUUCAUACUUUCGCAUGUUUUGGUUGCUAGAGACUCAACUCAGUUGUUCAUUCGAUUAGUUCAAUAUUUAUGGACGCGACCCAGUCGUUCGUUCUUUAUAUUCCGUUGCCAUGCUCACUGGCAACGUUCUUAUCCCUUGCUUGCUAGCUAGCCAACUAGCUUCGACUAACACUGUCACAACCUUUGCAGACAGAAUAACUGCCAAGCAGCUGUUUUCUAUUGAAAUUAAUUUGGAUACAUUUGCUUUCUCGUCAAAACACUCGUCAACACUGACUAAUUACGAGGAGAUCACAUUGCACACCAAACACUAGGCUAGAAGCGAGCUAAAUAGUUUGUUGCUAGCAAGUCUGCCAAUAUGACAACCAAAUAAAAAAAUAUCAGUUGCUGAAAACAGCUGGACAAACUGGAGACGUGGGAGAAUUUGACAGCUUUAGCGGCGGAGGGGACCGGAGGAAUUCAUGUUCAUCACUCAGGUCCUCAGAUGCUCCAAAGAAAGAUGUCUCGGCAAAAACAAAUCAAUGCUAGCUAGCUAGCUAGCUAAUAGUUUUCCUCGGUGGACCUGCGUUUACAAUGUAUCCAAUUUCAGUUUGUGUAGUUGUUGGUUUAGCUUUCUGUAACUUUAUAGCAAGUACGGUCUGCACGUGUAUGCACAUAUUGCCUCAUGAUUGCAAGGUGCCACAAUAUAUUUUGUAACUGUCCCGUUAUCUGAUUUUAAUGUCCAUUCUAGAAUGCCCUUCUAGACAAUCAGAAACUAGUAUUCAACAAUGAUGUGGUAUAAUGUAGAAAUAGUUUGCAUUGUUCUGUCAUGCCUUGUUCAAUGUUGACAAAAGGCCUUGCUUUGGUUAGUGCACUGUAGUCCUUGUAUUUCAGCCUUGGCACUAGGAACACACAGGGAAAAGCUGUUGCCUGGUCUUUGUGGCUCUGCUCUGUCUGCCUGACUGAUGUUAUGGGAGGGGCCCCUAUAGACCACAUGGGGGUUUGAUGGUAGAUUGAUUCCCUCCAGAACAACUUCCUCCCAACCUCAUCCCCAAAAAUAUGUUAACACUUAUCAAGCUGAAACAUCCUUAAAGAUUAACCUAGUCUGCACACCUGCCUUUUUUAUCAACAAGGAGAGACAGGUGUGGCUGUGGCUGUGUGUACAUUAGUUCGGACAUUUCUUUGGUUUAUUUUUGUAAUUAAUAAUUUAAACACUUCUUAGGUAUUAUUUCUAUGUGUGUUGACAAAUGUUUUGCUAAUUAAUCAAAUAAUAUACACAGCAUCUUGACACUCUUAGAAAUGCUUAUAUGUGUUGUAUUGGACAUAGAAAUCCUAUUCAUAUUUUAAAUAAAAAUCCACUGGGAGUGACAGGUGUGGCAACUGGUGAGUGAGUUUUACCAUUAGGCAGGUUUCAUUGACCCAGGUUUAUUCGACAAAAGCAAUGUUGCAACAAAAAAACAUUGUGACGUGCAAUGGAAACGGCAGCUGUAGGAGAAAUGUUCUAAAGAUCAACAACAUUUUUAUCCAUUUGACAGCGGUGGAUUUUUAUUUUGUCUAACUUUCUUUAUUGCGACAAAUGAUGAUGAAAAAUGUGUUUUUCUAAUAAAUGAUGAUUGCCAAAUAAUUUUUAAGGUAUGCGGGGCACCUGAUGUCAUCAGUCUCAUCACGUAACUACAAACUAUACAUUUAAUUUUAAAUGCCUACCACUUGCUAAAUCUAUUUUUCAACUAUAGAAAGUAUGUUUCUUUGCAGGACAAGGAUUGUCUUGACUUUCAAGAAUGCCUGAAUUGCUUCGCCUUCCUUUUCUGGUUGGCUGGAUACAAAUACAGUGUUACUAAAUUAUUGCGUUCUAUCCAUGCUGGCUUUUGUGGGCUAUCAGAUAUGAAACAGGAAGGUGGGAGGGCAUACAGGCUGUCACCAAUUUAUUAAUGCGCAAUGUGCCUAAAUGGAUAAUGGAAACACUUCAAACUAUUAAUUUGUAUUCGACACUCUAGGUUUUUGAGAAAGAGUUUGUGUCACUGAUCUAUGCAAAAUACCCCAUAAAGUUUAUUUCAUUUUGACAAAUUAAUAACAAAUGAACAGCUGAAAUGUCUUCAGUUGAUAAGUAUUCAACCCCUUUCUUAUGGCAAGCCUAAAUAAGUUCACGAGUAAAAAUUUGCUUAACAAGUCACAUAAUAAGUUGCAUGGACUCACUAGUGUUUAACAUGAUUUUUUGAAUGACUAUCCCAUCUCUGUACGCCACACAGACAAUUAUCUGUAAGGUCCCUCAGUUGAACAGUGAAUUUAAAGCACAGAUUCAACCACAAAGAUCAGGGUUUUUUGGGCACCAAUUGUUAGAUGGGUAACAAAAAGCAGACAAUGAAUAUCCGUUUGAGCAUGGUGAAGUUACUAAUUACACUAACUACACUGGAGUUGCUUACCAAGAUGACAUUCAAUGUUCCUGAGUGGCCUAGUUACAGUUUUGACUUAAAUCGUCUUGAAUAUCAAUGGCAAGACUUGAAAAUGGCUGGCAAUGAUCAACAACUAACUUGACAGAGCUGGAAGAGUUUUUGUAAGUAUAAUGGGCAGAUUUUGUCCAAUCCAAGUGUGGAGAGCUUUUAGAGACUUACCCAGAAACACUCACAGCUGGAAUCACUGCCAAAGAUGUUUGUUUCUAACAUGUAUUGACUCAGGGGGAUGAAUACUUAUCUAAUCAAGAUAUAUUAGUAUUUCAUUUUUCAGUAACUUGUAAUAAAUGUUAGAAUUUUUAUAUCACUUUGACAUUACAGAAAAUUUGGUGGAGAUCUUUGACCAAAAAUUACAAUUAAUCCCACUUUGUAACACAACAAAAUGUGGAAAAAGUCAAGGGGUGUGAAUACUUUCUGAAGGCACUGUAUCUGUAAGGUCAAGCGUUGAAUUUCAAACACAGAUUGAACCACAAAGACCAGGGACGUUUUCCAAUGCCUCGCAAAGAAAGGCACCUACUGGUAGAUGGUGAAAAAAAGAGAGAAAAGCAGACAUUGAAUAUCCCUUUGAGCAUGGUGUAGUUAUUAAUUACACUUUACACUCAGUCACUACAAAGAUACAGGCGUCCUUCCUAACUCAGUUACUGGAGAGGAAGGAAACCGCUCAGGGAUUUCACCAUGAGGCCAAUGGUGACUUUAAAACUGUUGCAGAGUUUCAUGGCUAUGAUAGGAGAAAAGUGAGGAAGGAUCAAUAACGUUGUAGUUACUCCUCCAUACUAACCUAAAUGACAGAGUGAAAAGAAGGAAGCCUGUACGUAAUACAAAUAUUCCAAAACAUGCAUCCUUUUUGCAACAAGGCACUGAAGUAAAAAUGCAAAGAAAUGUGGCAAAUAAAUUAAAUUUAUGUCCUGAAUACACAGCGUUAUGUUUGGGGCACAUCCAACACAACACAUCACAGAGUACCACCAGGAAAACCUGGUUCAGUCUACUUUCCAACAAACACUGGGAGACAAAUUCACCUUUCAGCAAGAAUAACCUAAAACUCAAGGCCAAACAUACAAUAGAGUUGCUUACCACGACGUCAUUGAAUGUUCCUGAGUGGCCAAGUUACAGUUUUGACUUACACUGAGUGUAGAACAAUUAGGAACACCUGCUCUUUCCAUGACAUAGACUGACCAGUUGAAUCCAGGUGAAAGCUAUAUGAUCCCUUAUUGAUGUCACUUGUUAAAUCUAUUUCAAUCAGUGUAGAUGAAGGGGAAGAGACAGGUUAAAGAAGGAUUUUUAAGCCUUGUGACAAUUGAGACAUGGAUUAUGUAUUUGUGCCAUUCAGAGGGUGAAUGGGCAAGACAAAAUAUUUAAGUGCCUUUGAACAGGGUAUUUUAGUAGGUGCCAGGCGCACCAGUUUGAGUGUGUUAAGAACUGCAACGCUGCUGGGUUUUUCACACUCAACAGUUUCCCAAGUGUAUCAAGAAUGGUCCACCACCCAAAGGACAUCCAGCCAACUUGACCCAACUGUGGGUAGCAAUGGAGUCAACAUGGGCCAGCAUCCCUGUGGAACGCUUUCGAGUCCAUGCCCCAACGAAUUGAGGCUGUUCUGAGGGCAAAAGUGGGUGCAACUCAAUAUUAGGAAGGUGUUUGUACACUCAGUGUAUGUGAAGGCUGUCUGUCUGUUGCAAUGGAUAUUGCCGUAGAACAAGUAAGACACAGUCUACACAUUGCAUUGGGGCAAAACUAUCAGCGUUUUGUGUGAUGAUGUGUUGCUGAAAAAGAACUCUGCCUCCCAAUAGCCAAGGUUUGCACAUUAAAUCACAAUUCACUGCCUGACUGUCCUGCUGGUUGAUAUGCUCUAUAGGCUACGUACAGUGCAUUCGGAAAGUAUUCAGACCCCUUCCUUUUUUCCACAUUUUGUUACAUUACAGCCUUAUUCUAAAAUGGAUUCAAUAAAACAUGUUCUUCAUCAAUUCACACCCUAUUUCCCAUAAUGUCAAAGCUAAAACAGGUUUUAGAAAUUUUGCAAAUGUAUUUCAAAUAAAAAACUGAAAUACCUUAUUUACAUAAGUAUUCAGAUCUUUUGCUAUGAGACUCCAAAUUGAGCUCAGGUGCAUCCUGUUUCUAAUGAUCAUCCUUGAGAUGUUUCUAUAACUUGAUUGACCAAGAACCCGAUGGUCACUCUAACAGAGCUCCAGAGUUACUCUGUGGAGAUGGGAGAACCUUCCAGAAGGACAACCAUCUCUGCACAACACCACCAGUCAGGCCUUUACAGCCCGCUUGAAGAUUGCCAAAUGGCACCUAAAGGAUUCUUAGACCAUGAAGAACAAGAUUCUCUGGUCUGAUGAAACCAAGAUUUAAAUCUUUGGCCUGAAUGCCAAGCGUCAUGUCUGUAGGAAACCUGGCACCAGCCUUAUGGUGAAGCAUGGUGGUGGCAGCAUCAUGCUGUAGGGAUGUUUUUCAGUGGCAGGGAAUGGGAGACUAUUCAGGAUCGAGGGAAAGAUGAACGGAGUAAAGUACAGAGAGAUCCUUGAUGAAAACCUGCUCCAGAGCGCUCAGGACCUCAGACUGGGGCGAAUGUUUGCCUUCCAACAGGACAAUGGCCCUAAGCACACAGCCAAGAAAUGCAGGAGUGGCUUCGGGACAAGUCUCUGAAUGUUCUUGAGUGGCCCAGCCAGAAUCCGGACUUGAACCCGAUCUAACAUCUCUGGAGAGACCUGAAAAUAGCUGUGCAGCGACGCUCCCCAUCCAACCUGACAGAGCUUGAGAGGAUAAGCAGAGAAGAAUGGGAGAAACCCCAAAUACUGGUGUGCCAAGCUUGUAGCGUCAUACCCAAGAAGACUUGAGGCUGUAAUCGCUGCCAAAGAUGCUUCAACAUUGUACUGAGUAAAGGGUCUCAAUACUUAUGUAAAUGUAAUAUUUCUGUUUUUUUUCAGUAAAUUUGCUAAAAUUUAUAAAAAACUGUUUUUGCUUUGUCAUUAUGGGGUAUUGUGUGUAUAUUGAUGAGGGAAAAAACCAAUUUAAUCAAUUUUAGAAUAAGGCUGUAACGUAACAAAAGGUGGAAAAAGUCAAGGGGUAUGAAUACUUUCCGAAUGCACUUUAUCAGCUGGAAGGAGAAGCUUAAGUAUUGUUGUCCAUUCGUUUACUCAAAUUUGGGAGGGGUGGUAGGGAUAGGGGAAAAAUAAUAAAGAAGGAAAAUAUGCUAACAAAAAAAUAAUAUAAAUAUAUACAAUAUAUAUAUACAGUGGGGAAAAAAAGUAUUUAGUCAGCCACCAAUUGUGCAAGUUCUCCCACUUAAAAAGAUGAGAGAGGCCUGUAAUUUUCAUCAUAGGUACACGUCAACUAUGACAGACAAAAUGAGAUUUUUUUUCUCCAGAAAAUCACAUUGUAGGAUUUUUAAUGAAUUUAUUUGCAAAUUAUGGUGGAAAAUAAGUAUUUGGUCAAUAACAAAAGUUUCUCAAUACUUUGUUAUAUACCCUUUAUUGGCAAUGACACAGGUCAAACGUUUUCUGUAAGUCUUCACAAGGUUUUCACACACUGUUGCUGGUAUUUUGGCCCAUUCCUCCAUGCAGAUCUCCUCUAGAGCAGUGAUGUUUUGGGGCUGUCGCUGGGCAACACGGACUUUCAACUCCCUCCAAAGAUGUUCUAUAGGGUUGAGAUCUGGAGACUGGCUAGUCCACUCCAGGACCUUGAAAUGCUUCUUACGAAGCCACUCCUUCGUUGCCCGGGCAGUGUGUUUGGGAUCAUUGUCAUGCUGAAAGACCCAGCCACGUUUCAUCUUCAAUGCCCUUGCUGAUGGAAGGAGGUUUUCAGUCAAAAUCUCAUGAUAUAUGGCCCCAUUCAUUCUUUCCUUUACACGGAUCAGUUGUCCUGGUCCCUUUGCAAAAAAACAGCCCCAAAGCAUGAUGUUUCCACCCCCAUGCUUCACAGUAGGUAUGGUGUUUUUUGGAUGCAACUCAGCAUUCUUUGUCCUCCAAACACGACAAGUUGAGUUUUUACCAACAUUUUCUAUUUUUGUUUCAUAUGACCAUAUGAGAUUCUCCCAAUCCUCUUCUGGAUCAUCCAAAUGCACUCUAGCAAACUUCAGACGGGCCUGGACAUGUACUGGCUUAAGCAGGGGGACACGUCUUGCACUGCAGGAUUUGAGUCCCUGGUGGCGUAGUGUGUUACUGAUGGUAGGCUUUGUUACUUUGGUCCCAGCUCUCUAGGUCAUUCACUAGGUCCCCCCGUGUGGUUCUGGGAUUUUUGCUCACCGUUCUUGUGAUCAUUUUGACCCCACGGUGUGAGAUCUUGCGUGGAGCCCCAGAUCGAGGGAGAUUAUCAAUGGUCUUGUAUGUCUUCCAUUUCCUAAUAAUUGCUCCCACAGUUGAUUUCUUCAAACCAAGCUGCUUACCUAUUGCAGAUUUAGUCUUCCCAGCCUUGUACAGGUCUACAAUUUUGUUUCUGGUGUCCUUUGACAGCUCUUUGGUCUUGGCCAUAGUGGAGUUUGGAGUGUGACUGUUUGAGGUUGUGGACAGGUGUCUUUUAUACUGAUAACAAGUUCAAACAGGUGUCAUUAAUACAGGUAACGAGUGGAGCCUCUUAAAGAAGACGUUACAGGUCUGUGAGAGCCAGAAAUCUUGCUUGUUUGUAGGUGACCAAAUACUUAUUUUCCACCAUCAUUUGCAAAUAAAUUCAUAAAAAAUCCUACAAUGUGAUUUUCUGGAUUUUUUUUCCUCAAUUUGUCUGUCAUAGUUGACGUGUACCUAUGAUGAAAAUUACAGGCCUCUCUCAUCUUUUUAAGUGGGAGAACUUGCACAAUUGGUGGCUGACUAAAUACUUUUUUCCCCCACUGUAUAUAUACAGUGGGGAGAACAAGUAUUUGAUACACUUCCGAUUUUGCAGGCUUUCCUACUUACAAAGCAUGUAGAGGUCUGUAAUUUUCAUCAUAGUUACACUUCAACUGUGAGAGACGGAAUCUAAAACAAAAAUCCAGAAAAUCACAUUGUAUGAUUUUUAAGUAAUUAAUUUGCAUUUUAUUGCAUGACAUAAGUGUUUGAUACAUCAGAAAAGCAGAACUUAAUAUUUGGUACAGAAACCUUUGUUUGCAAUUACAGAGAUCAUACGUUUCCUGUAGGUCUUGACCAGGUUUGCACACACUGCAGCAGGGAUUUUGGCCCACUCCUCCAUACAGACCUUCUCCAGAUCCUUCAGGUUCAUCCUUCGCUGGACAAUACGGACUUUCAGCUCCCUCCAAAGAUUUUCUAUUGGGUUCAGGUCUGGAGACUGGCUAGGCCACUCCAGGACCUUGAGAUCCUUCUUACGGAGCCACUCCUUAGUUGCCCUGGCUGUGGGUUUCGGGUCGUUGUCAUGCUGGAAGACCCAGCCACGACCCAUCUUCAAUGCUCUUACUGAGGGAAGGAGGCUGUUGGCCAAGUUCUCGCGAUACAUGGCCUCAUCCAUCCUCCCCUCAAUACGGUUCAGUCGUCCUGUCCCCUUUGCAGAAAAGCAUCCCCAAAAAAUGAUGUUUCCACCUUCAUGCUUCACGGUUGGGAUGGUGUUCUUGCGGUUGUACUCAUCCUUCUUCUUCCUCCAAACACGGCAAGAGGAGUUUAAACCAAAAAGCUCUAUUUUUGUCUCAUCAGACCACAUGACCUUCUCCCAUUCCUCCUCUGGAUCAUCCAGAUGGUCAUUGGCAAACUUCAGACGGGACAUGCGCUAGCUUGAGCAGGGGGACCUUGCGUGCGCUGCAGGAUUUUAAUCCAUGACGGCGUAGUGUGUCACUAAUGGUUUUCUUUGAGACUGUGGUCCCAGCUCUCUUCAGGUCAUUGACCAGGUCCUGCAGUGUAGUUCUGGGCUGAUACCUCACCUUCCUCAUGAUCAUUGAUGCCCCACGAGGUGAGAUCUUGCAUGGAGCCCCAGACCGAGGGUGAUUGACCGUCAUCUUGAACUUCUUCAAUUUUCUAAUAAUUGCGCCAACAGUUGUUGCCUUCUCACCAAGCUGCUUGCCUAUUGUCCUGUAGCCCAUCCCAGCCUUGUGCAGGUCUACAAUUUUAUCCCUGAUGUCCUUACACAGCUCUCUGGUCUUGGCCAUUGUGGAGAGGUUGGAGUCUGUUUGAUUGAGUGUGUGGACAGGUGUCUUUUAUACAGGUAACGAGUUCAAACAGGUGCAGUUAAUACAGGUAAUGAGUGGAGAACAGGAGGGCUUCUUAAAGAAAAACUAACAGGUCUGUGAGAGCCGGAAUUCUUACUGGUUGGUAGGUGAUCAAAUACUUAUGUCAUGCAAUAAAAUGCAAAUGAAUUGCUUAAAAAUCAUACAAUGUGAUUUUCUGGAUUUUUGUUUUAGAUUCCGUCUCUCACAGUUGAAGUGUACCUAUGAUAAAAAUUACAGACCUCUACAUGCUUUGUAAGUAGUGAAACCUGCAAAAUCGACAGUGUAUCAAAUACUUGUUCUCCCCACUGUAUAUAUAUAUUUAUUUACAAAAAUAUAUGGGGGAUUGGAAAUUAUGCAGAAAAUUACAUUGAUAGAAGCCACAAUCUAUCUGCAAUAUUAAAGCUGAUCUACCCCAUAAAAAAGCAAAGUCAAGCAGGAACCGACAAGACGCGCACCCUCCUUUGCGCCGCCAUCUUCAUUGUAGAAAGUAGAAAGUUGUUGAAACGAAAACAAAGAUUCACUAGAAGUUGACGGAACUUCCAUUGAGCUGGGAGAGCAGCAGGCAGUUGACUGGCGGACCAUGGUCAAUUAAACCACCAUUUCUUUCAAAUAAAAAGCCUGCCGAGAUAAAAUGCUGAUUAAAAGCAUCACUUAUCUAAUUAUUCUCAGUAAUGAUGGAGAGCAAUUUCCAUGCUUCAGUGCAUUAACUGUUUUCCAAAAUGUAUACGGAUCACCAGAAGAGUCUGAGCUAGACCUUAGAAAGUAUAUAGAUUUAGCUUUGUUGAUUGAGGAAGUGCAUCUAUUUGUCAAUUGUCUGAAAAGCUGCCAAUCAGCUACAGAGUCAGUUUUUCUUGAAAGUUCUAUAGAGAACCAAGGAUGUGUGUUUGCCUGCCAGAGAGAGACAAAUAGUGCAUACAUUAUGUAUUUUUUUCAUACUGGCCCCCCGUGGGAAUCGACCCCACAACCCUGGCGUUGCAAACGCCAUGCUCUACCAACUGAGCUACAUCCCUGCCUGCCAUUCCCUACCCUGGACGACGCUGGGCCAAUUGCGCGCCGCGGCCGGCUACGACAGAGCAUGAAUUCAAAACCAGGAUCUCUAGUGGCACAGAUAGCACUGCAAUGUAGUGCCUUAGACCACUGCGCCACUCGGAAGUCCCAAUUCAGGGUCAGGUAUCAAUCUGAUCUGAAAUCCCACAGCUGUGACCUUGGACUGAUUCAUGUAAAUGCCAGAAAUUUGAUUUAGAAAAUGGAUCAUACUGUAAUUCUGGUUUCUCAAACUAAAGCAGACAUUUUGAUAUUUACUGAGACUUGGUUAAAAAAGUAUGUGCCAGACUCUCAUGUGUUUCUGAAUGGAUAUACUGUUUAUAGAUCUGACAGAGCUGGCUGUCACGAUCGUCGACUUAAGACACGGACCAAGGCGCAGCAUGAUAAGCGUACAUUUUAUUUCGUACACAACACAAACAAAACAACAAACCAAACGAUACGUGAAGUCCUAGGUUAAUACGAAACAAACCUUACGGAACAAGAUCCCACACAGACUGGUGCCAAACGGCUGCCUAAGUAUGGUCCCCAAUCAGAGAGAACGAACUACAGCUGCCUCUGAUUGGGAACAACCCUGGCCAACAUAGAUCUACAUGACCUAGAAACUCAAACAUAGAAAACUAAACAUAGAAACUAAACACCCUGGCUCAACAUUUAAGAGUCCCCAGAGCCAGGGCGUGACAGUACCCCCCCCCCCAAAUGCGCAGACUGCGACCGCACCACACAAACACAAGAGGGUAGGGGCCGGGUGGGCAUUCCGCCUUGGAGGCGGAUCCGGCUCCGGGCGUGACCGCCACUCUCUCUCCACCCCCCCGUUGCGCCCUUGGUCUGGUCUGGCCCCGCUGGCCGGAGCUGGACUGGACACCGGUGGAACGGAUUGCUCUUGCUCCGGAGUGGAGAAGCUGACCGGUGCCGGACCAGGCACCGGUGGAACAGGCACGGGCCGUGCCGGACUGACGACGCGCACCACUGGCUUGGUGCGGGGAGCAGAAACGGGCCGGACCGGGCUGACGACGCGCACCACUGGCUUGGUGCGAGGGGCAGGAACAGGCCGGACCGGGCUGGCGACGCGCACCACUGGCUUGGUGCGGGGAGCAGGAACAGGCUGGACCGGGCUGGCGACGCGCACCACAGGCUUGGUGUGGGGAGCAGGAACAGGCCGGACCGGGCUGGCGACGCGCACCACAGGCUUGGUGCGGGGGGCAGGAACAGGCCGGACCGGGCUGGCGACGCGCACCACAGGCUUGGUGCGGUGAGCAGGAACAGGCCGGACCGGGCUGGCGACGCGCACCACAGGCUUGGUGCGGGGAGUAGGAACAGGCCGGACCGAGCUGGCGACGCGCACCACAGGCUUGGUGCGAGGGACAGGAACAGGCCGGACCGGCUUGGCGCCGCGCACCACUGGCUUGGUGCGAGGGACAGGAACAGGCCGGGCUGGACUGGGAACACGCACCACUGGCUUGGUGCGGGGAGCCGGAACGGGCCGGGCCGGACUGUGGAGGCGGACUGGAGGUCUGGAGCGGAGAGCUGACACAACCCGUCCUGGCUGAAUGCCUAUUUCCACACAAUAUGUAUGAGGCAUCAGCACAGGACGUACAGGGCUGUGCACUCAUACUGGCGCUACAGCACGUGGCACUGGCGCAGGAUAUACGGGACCGAGGAGGGGUACUGGAGGCCACGAGCGUUGAGCCGGCACACCCCGUCCUGGCUGCAUGCCCACCUUAGCACGACACGUGCGUGGUGCUAGCACAGGACGUGCAGGACUGUGCCGGAACACUCGUGGCACAGUACGUGGCUCCACAUAACACGGAGCCUGCCCAGUCUCACGCUUCCUAGCCUGAGUAUGGGGAGUUGCUCUGCUCUAACUCUAGGCUCCGCCAACCACCCUUUAGCCCCCCCAAAAAAAUUAUUGGGGCUGUCUCUCGGGCUUCAUCAUCGGCCGGUACCCUCUGCGUUGCCGCUGCUCCUCUCUGUAGCGCGCCUCCAAAGUCUCCUCCCAAGGACGGCGAUCCAUUCCGGCCUGAAUCUCUUCCCAAGUCCAGGAUCCCUUCCCGUCCAGGAUCUCCUCCCAAGUCCAGGCUGUCUGUUCCUGGACACGCUGCUUGGUCCUCUUUAGGUGGGAUCUUCUGUCACGCUCGUUCAUUAACGAGAAGGACCAAGGCGCAGCGUGAUAAGCAUACAUUUUAUUUCGUACACAACACGAACAAAACAACAAACCAAACGAUACGUGAAGUCCUAGGUUAAUACAAAACAAACCUUACGGAACAAGAUCCCACACAGACUGGUGCCAAAUGGCUGCCUAAGUAUGGUCCCCAAUCAGAGACAACAAACUACAGCUGCCUCUGAUUGGGAACCACCCUGGCCAACAUAGAUCUACAUGAUCUAGAAACUCAAACAUAGAAAACUAAACAUAGAAACUAAACACCCUGGCUCAAUAUUUAAGAGUCCCCAGAGCCAGGGCGUGACACUGGCAGAUGUGGGGGUGUCGCCAUAUUCAUAAAAAACAACUUGAAUGUUGCUGUGUGUAUUACCACUUCUGUCCCCAAGCAAUUUGAAUGUCUAGUCUUGAAAUAUGGCCCUUGGUAAUAAUCCCCAACUAAUGUCAGUGUCAGAAGGCGACGGUGAAAUGCGGUAGGCGAAGUCAAACGCAGGACACAGAGCUUACUGGAAACGUACUUUACUGAAAGUAGCCAGAGAAGGAAACCAUCUCCAUACAAGGAGGAAAACAUCCCGCACACUAACACUGCCGAAGACUAAUACAAUAACACACAACACACAAUGCACGACAGAGGGUUAAAUAGGGGAAACAAUACAACAUAAUGAGGAACAGGUGUACACAAUCAGGACAAAACAAGUCAAACACCGAAACAUAGAUCGUGGCAGCUAGUACUCCGGGGAUGACGAACGCCGAAACCUGCCCGAGCAAGGAGGAGGAGCAGCCUCGGCUGAUUCCGUGACAGUACCCCCCCCUUGACGCGCGGCUCCAGCCGUGCGCUGACCCCGGCCUCGGGGACGGCCAGGAGGACGCGGAGCAGGGCGAGUCGGAUGAUUCCGGUGGAAGUCCCUCAACAUGGAGGGAUCUAGAAUGUCCCUCCUGGGGACCCAGCACCGUUCCUCCGGACCGUACCCCUCCCACUCCACGAGAUACUGCAGGCCCCCCGUCCGACGCCUCGAAUCCAAGAUGGAACGGACUGAGUACGCCGGAGCCCCCUCGAUAUCCAACGGGGGCGGAGGAGCCUCUCGUACCUCAUUCUCCUGGAGUGGACCACCACCGGCCUUAGGAGAGACACAUGGAACGAGGGAUUAAUGCGAUAAUACCUGGGCAGUUGUAACCUAUAACAUACCUCGUUUAAUCUCCUCAGGACUUUAAAGGGCCCCACAAACCGCCGACCCAGCUUCCGGCAGGGCAGGCGAAGGGGCAGGUUUCGGGUCGAGAGCCAGACCCGGUCUCCUGGUGCAUACACCGGAGCCUCACUGCGGUGGCGAUCGGUGCUCGCCUUUUGCCGCCUGAUGGCACGCUGCAGAUGGACAUGCGUAGCAUUCCAAGUUUCCUUCAAGCGCCGAAACCACUCGUCCACCGCAGGGGCUUCGGUCUGGCUCUGAUGCCAAGGUGCCAGAACCGGCUGAUAACCUAACAUACACUGGAAAGGCGUCAGGUUAGUGGACGAAUGGCGGAGGGAGUUUUGGGCUAUCUCUGCCCAGGGAAUAUAUCCCGACCACUCCUCUUGCCGGUCCUGGCAAUAUGACCUCAGAAACCUACCCACAUCCUGGUUAACUCUCUCCACCUGCCCAUUACAUUCGGGGUGAAAACAUGAGGUAAGGCUAAUCGAGACCCCCAGACGUUCCAUAAAUGCCCUCCAGACUCUAGAAGUGCACUGGGGACCCCGAUCAGACACUAUAUCCUCAGGCACCCCAUAGUGCCGAAAGACGUGUGUAAACAGGGCCUCAGCAGUUUGUAGGGCAGUAGGGAGACCUGGCAGGGGAAUGAGAUGGCAGGCUUUAGAAAACCGAUCCACAACGACCAAGAUCGUAGUGUUCCCCGGGGAGGGGGGAAGGUCCGUGACAAAAUCCACCGAUAGGUGAGACCACGGCCGUUGUGGAACGGGUAGGGGUUUUAACUUCCCCCUGGGCAGGUGUCUAGGUGCCUUACACUAGGCGCACACCGAGCAGGAGGAAACAUAAACCCUCACGUCCUUGGCUAAGGUUGGCCACCAGUACUUCUCACUAAGGCAGUGCACUGUCCGACCAAUACCCGAUGACCAGAGGAGGGUGAUGUGUGAGCCCAGUAUAUAAACCGGUCGCGAACCUCGAGCGGCACGUACCUCCGACCCUCUGCACACUGUGGAGGAGUAGGGUCGGAACGUAACGCCCGCUCGAUUUCCGCAUCCACCUCCCGCACCACCGGUGCCACUAAACAAGACUCCGGGAGUAUGGGAGUGGGCUCAAUGGACCUCUCCUCUGUGUCAUAUAGUAGGGACAGGGCGUCUGCCUUAGCGUUCUGGGACCCUGGUAUAUAGGUGAGCUUGAAUACAAAGCGGGAAAGAAACAUUGACCACCUUGCCUGGCGAGGAUUCAGCCUCCUCGCUGCCCGGAUGUACUCCAGGUUACGAUGGUCAGUCAGAAUGAGAAAAGGGUGUUUAGCCCCCUCAAGCCAAUGUCUCCACACCUUCAGUGCUGUGCUUGAACCACAGCCAGCAGCUCCCUAUCCCCCACGUCAUAAUUGCGCUCCGCCGGACUGAGCUUCUUAGAAUAGAAAUUACAGGGGCGGAGUUUAGGUGGCGUACCCGAGCGCUGAGACAGCACAGCGCUGAUCCCAGCCUCGGAAGCGUCCACCUCCACCUGGAAUGCCAAAGAGGGAUCCGGAUGCGCCAGCACCGGAGCCGAGGUAAACAGGUCCUUCAGACAUUUAAACGCCCUGUCCGCCUCAGCUGACCACUGCAGGCACACCGGACCCCCCUUUAGCAGAGAGGUAAUGGGAGCCGCUACCUGUCCAAAGCCCCAGAUAAACCUCCGGUAGUAAUUGGCAAAACCCAAGACGUGCUGCACCUCCUUUACCGUGGUGGGAGUCUGACAAUUACGCACGGCAGAAACGCGGUCAAUCUCCAUCUCUACCCCUGACGCGGACAACCGAUGUCCCAGGAAGGAGAUGGACUCUUGGAAGAACAGACAUUUCUCCGCCUUCGCAUACAGGUCAUGCUCCAACAGUCUACCAAGCACUCGACGCACCAGGGACACAUGCUCGGCUCGUGUAGCGGAAUAUAUUAGAAUGUCAUCAAUAUAUACCACAACACCCUGUCCAUGCAAGUCCCGGAAAAUCUCGUCCACAAAUGAUUGGAAGACUGAAGGAGCAUUCAUUAACCCGUAUGGCAUGACGAGGUACUCAUAGUGACCCUAGGUGGUACUGAAUGCUGUCUUCCACUCAUCUCCCUCCCUAAUGCGCACCAGGUUGUACACGCUCCUGAGAUCCAAUUUUGUGAAGAAUCGCGCCCCGUGUAAAGACUCCGUCAUACUAGCAAUCAGAGGGAGAGGGCGUAAACCCCCAUCCUUCUUCUUCACAAAAAAGAAACUCGAGGAAGCAGGGGAAGUAGACGGCCGUAUGUAACCCUGUCUCAAAGAUUCGGUGACAUAGGUUUCCAUAGCUGCCGUCUCCUCCUGAGACAGAGGAUACACGUGACUACGUGGAAGCGCAGCGCCUACCUGGAGGUCUAUCGCACAAUCCCCCUGUCGAUGAGGUGGUAAUUGAGUCGCCUUCUUCUUACAGAAGGCGAGAGCCAAAUCGGCAUACUCAGGUGGAAUAUGCAAGGUGGGAACUUGGUUCGGGCUUUCCAUCGUCGUUGCCCCUACGGAAACACCUACACACCGCCCAGUACACUGAUCAGACCAUCCCUGGAGAGCUCUCUGCUGCCGUGAAAUGUUGGCGUCAUGAGCGGUUAACCAGGGAAGCCCCAACACCACGGGAAACGCAGGAGAAUCAAUCAAAUACAAACGUACUAUCUCCUCAUGACAGUCCUGCGUUUUCAUCCGGAGAGGCGCCGUGACCUCCCUAAUCAACCCAGACCCCAACGGGCGGCUAUCUAGGGCAUGAAUGGGGAAGGGCACAUCAACAGGUACGAUAGGAAUCCCCAACUUAUAGGUGAACUGGCGAUCAAUGAAAUUCCCAGCUGCGCCUGAAUCUACUAGCGCCUUAUGCUGGGAGUGAGGAGAAACCUCGGGAAACACCACUUUAACACACAUAUGAUCAACAGAGAGCUCUGGGUGAGUUGGGUGCCUACUCACCUGGAAUGACUCAUCAGUGCGUCGCCCACUGCCUCGAUUCCUAGGAGGCCCUCCCCAGCACCGACCAGCAGUGUGUCCUCUGCGGCCACAGUUGGUGCAGGGGACGGCCUCCCUCCUGGUCUCCCUAGCACCAGCACCCCCGAGCUCCAUAGGGGUCGGCUCGGAAGUGCUGGGGGAUGGAAUGGACGGCCCCGAAUCCGAACGUCCGCGGGUAGCCAACAGGGUAUCCAGGCGAAUCGACAUGACCACCAGUUGGUCAAAGCUGAGGUUGGUGUCCCUGCAGGCUAAUUCCCGACGCACGUCCUCCCUCAGGCUGCAUCUGUAGUGGUCGAUGAGGGCCCUCUCAUUCCAUUCCGUGUUGGCUGCUAGCGUCCGUAAGUCCAGCGCGAACUCCUGCGCGCUCCUCCUCCCCUGUCUAAGGUGGAAUAGACGCUCACCCGCUGCUUUACCCUCUGGGGGAUGAUCGAAUACUGCCCGGAAGCGGCGGGUGAACUCUGCAUAGCUGACCGUAGCGGCGUCUAUCCCACCCCAUUCGGCGUUGGCCCAUUCCAGCGCCUUGCCGGACAGACAGGAGAUAAGGGGCGGACAUGCUCUCGUAUCCCGAGGGUGCCGGGUGAAUGGUUGCUAGGUAGAGUUCAACCUGGAGUAGAAAACCCUGACACCCGACCGCGGUGCAAUCAUAAGCCCUCGGGAGCGAGAGCCGAAUCCCACUGGACUGGAUCCCCGGAGAUGGACCGAUGGGUAUGGCUGAUAAUAAUAAUAAUAAUAAUAUGCCAUUUAGCAGACGCUUUUAUCCAAAGCGACUUACAGUCGUGCGUGCAUACAUUUUUUUUGUGUAUGGGUGGUCCCGGGGAUCGAACCCACUACCUUGGCGUUACAAGCGCCGUGCUCUACCAGCUGAGCUACAGAGGACCACAUGGUGGUGGUAUCGUAGGAUGAGGUGUGUGCAAACCUCCACUCUCCCAUCGCCUCAAGGUGUCCAUCACCCCUUGAAUGGUGGUGCCCAGGUGCUGGAUCCCGGCCUCUUGUUGGGUUACACGCUCCUCCAGUGCUCCCCUGAGCGCGGACGAUCCUGCUGACUCCAUCGGGUGGUGUGUUAUUCUGUCAGAAGGCGACGGUGAAAUGCGGUAGGCGAAGUCAAACGCAGGACACAGAGCUUACUGGAAACGUACUUUACUGAAAGUAACCAGAGAAGGAAACCAUCUCCAUACAAGGAGGAAAACAACCCGCACACUAACACUGCCGAAGACUAAUACAAUAACACACAACACACAAUGCACGACAGAGGGUUAAAUAGGGGAAACAAUACAACAUAAUGAGGAACAGGUGUACACAAUCAGGACAAAACAAGUCAAACACCGAAACAUAGAUCGGUGGCAGCUAGUACUCCGGGGAUGACGAACGCCGAAACCUGCCCGAGCAAGGAGGAGGAGCAGCCUCAGCUGAUUCCGUGACAGUCAGUGGGAGUUUAUCACCCUACCUCGGCCUCUUUAUGUGCUCUUAGCAAAUUGUCUGACCUGCUGUCUAACUAUGCUAAAUACAAAUUAUUAAUAGUGGGUGAUCUUCAUCUGGAUUGGUUGAUGCCAGUAUCUGAUAGGCUGACAGAUAUUUUUAUAGAGCUAAAUCUAACUCAGGUGAUAAGUAAACCAACUCACCUCAACUUUGAACACCCUGAAAAAUCUACUCUCUUAGAUAUUAUUCUAACAAAUGCCACUCAUACGUUUACAGCCAAUGGGAUAAUUGCUAAUUAGUUCAGUGACCAUUUUCCCAUUGCCUGCUUGUUAAGUUACCUAAAUCUCGCUCAUACAUUAUUACAAAGCUAAAUUAUAGAAAUCUGAAUGAGCAACAUUUUUGGUCUGAGCUGGUGUUGGGUGACUGGUGGGUUGUGUCAACUAUUACUGACCCGGAUCAGGCCCUUCAUUAUUUUAUUUCCAUGUUUAACUCUGUUGCAGAUAAUGUGGCCUAAAAAAGACUAAGGAUAAAAGACAAAUCUAUCCCUUGGUUCACACAUGAAUUAAAAAAUAAAUCUAGAUUGGGCUAAGGCUAGACUGACUGACUCUAUGUCUGAUUGGCAGUCCUUCAGACAUUUGACAAAUAGAUGUCUAUCUCUGGUUAGAAAAGCAAAAUCAACAUAUUUCUUGAAUUGUGUAUUGGAGAGUGGUGGUAAUCCAUCUCCUUUCUGGAAAGUAGUCAAAUCUUUGAAACAUAACUGCACCCACUCAUUACCCCUGCAGGUUUUGACAGCCUCUGGUCCCAUAGUAGAAAAAAAUGAAAUGAGUAGUGCUUUUAAUAACCAUUUUCCUUCAGCUGGCCACCUGUUUGAAAGUAUAGUCUCAUUCCAAUAGAGGUAGUCCUUUAGUCACCUCAGAACAGAUUGUAAAGAAUGAUGCACUAAACAGACUCACAUACUAUAUUUUCAUUUCAACCAUUUAAUGUCUACGAAGUAUUAAGUGCCUUGCUAAAGACUGAUGUAAAAUAAAAUCCACAGGGGCUGAUUCACUUGACCGCUUCUUACUACAACUCUCUGCCCCACUCAUUGUUUAACCUUUAACCUGUAUUUUUUAACUUGACAAUUGCUACUGGUGUUAUCCCUAAGAUUUGGAAAACGGCACUUGUCCUCCCCCAACAUAAAGGUGGAGGGCCUUCUGACUUAGAUAAUUACUGCCCAAUCUCCAAGUUAUCUUGACUAGCCAAGGUACUAGAAUACCUGAACAACUCCCAGUAAGACCUUUUUAAUGCUUUGGUUAAAUAUCAUCAGAGAGAGGAGUCCCAAGUCAUACAGAUUCUGGCCUGUUGUCUUUAGCUUUGUUUUUCUUCAAGAAAAUAAAGAACUUUGUCCCAUCAUUUGUUUGUUUUGAGGCCUACGGGUUUCAUCACCAGUAGAUGGUGGCAGAGGCUCUAAAUGAGGCACCACACAGCACAUUUCGUUUUUUGCCCUAGAAAAAGAGAGGCAGAGGAGGUCUAAGAGAGAGAGGGAGGAAGAGGGUGAGCUAGAGUCUGUGAAAAACUGAGGGAAAAAGGGAUAUGGUUUGUUAAAGAAGAAUGGUUGAAAGUGUAAAGAGUGUGAUCUGUACGCUGGAUUGAAGACAGGAGGAGAAAUGGAAGAGAAUGAGGGUGAAGUAUCAGAGAUCGUAGGUGUGGUGAAGUUUUCAGAUCCCGAGGCUUGCACCGAGGGUCAGGAUAAAGAUGACAGUAAGAGUGACGUUUUUGGAAAAAGUGGACCCUUGCCUUUUGGCUGAUCCUAUUGUGGUUUCGGGGUGGGUAAAAACAGAGUUGAGUGCUGUGAAAUUGGUGAAUGUAACCAGAAGUGGUCUUGUGAUAAUUAUUGUGUUUCUACUGGUCAUAGGGAGCAGGCCCUCUGAGUUAAACAAAUUGGGGCAAGAGAUUGUUUUGCUCUCAAGUAAAGGACGCCAUUGGAAGGAGUGAUUACUGGGGUAGCGGUAAAUGUGAAAGUUGACCAACUGAAGGGGAAGAUUCCCAGUGUUUGUGAUGCUCAUCGUUUGGAGCGACGCAGAUAGGGUGGCUUGAGUUGUGAAACAGAAGAGUUGUUAUCUGUUUUUUUUUGUUUUGAUGUUGAGUCUUUGCCCAACAAAUUGAUGUAUAAAUUAUCCUGUACGAGCUUUUGUGCCGAACACGUUACUUUGUUACAGGUGUCAAGCUUAUGCGCAUGUGGCAACAGUUUGUAAGAGGGAGGAUCCUAGGUGUGAGAAGUGUGCAGAAGGGCAUGAGACAAAGGAAUGUGUAGCAUUGGGGAAAGUCGGGGUAUGUCUUAAUUGUAGGGGUGCCCAUGGGGCUGGGGAUCAGAAAUGUCUGGUGCGAGAGAUGCAGGUUGAGGUUUCCAGGGUUAGAGUAGUGCAGAAGUUGUCAUAUGCUGAGGCAGUGAAGAAAGUAGAGGAAGAUGGGUCAAGGGGGAGGGAUCCUGAGAGGAGUGGUGUGAGUAUUAGAGCUGUUCUAGUACAGAGGGAUAGGCCAACAAGUGAUAUAUGUUUCAGUAAGAUUGGAUUUUUAGCAUUCAUAGCAAUGGUUAUCAUCUGUACUGCAGGGAUGGAAUGUAAAUUGCAGAAAAUUGAUGUUGUGGUGGCAGCUGCAGAGAGGUAUUUGGGUGUUCGAGACUUGACAAAGGACUAAAUAUAUUGAAAUAGUGGAGUAGGGUGGUGUUUUUUAAAAUGUAUUUAAGUGAGUGUAGGGUUACUUAGAUGGUAAGGUAUUUGUCUAUUUUUAUUUUUCAAGAAAAGUAUAAAGGAGUUAUACUCCAGUCUAGUAGGUGGCGGUAAUACAACAUUUAUUGGAUGCCAACCGCCGUUAAACCUCAUCGAAGAAGAAGAAGAAGAAGAAGAAGAAGAAGAAGAACGUUUCGCUGGAAAAAAUGCUGAAUCAUUUACUGAAUAAGCGUCUUUCUACAGGAUCAGCAGGACAUUAUUCUGGCAGCACAAACAGCAAAAAAAAAGAAUGUCUCGGCUACUUCAGCAGAGGAACUAACAUUCAUCAAAGGUUAGUGGCCUAUUACAUUUACAGAUGCAUCUGUUUUGUUCCAUUAUUACUGACCAAUGUAGGACUGUUUGUCUAUUUUUGUAAUAAUGUGUAGGCUACUUUGCAAGAUGUGCAUAGUCUCCAUUGAAGAGUAAUGAUUGCAGACCAUUGCUCGAAUAUUUUCCAAUGCAUUCAACAUAGUUUUACAUUUGAUAUAGCUUCGCCUAUGUAACUGUCGUACAUAAACAAUGUGUAGGUCCUCAUUACAAAACGCAAAGCUGAAAAUGUAAUAUAAUGCUAUAAUUAACUUUUCACUAGUGACUUUAGCAAUGAGAAGAGCAAAGCAUGUUAUGGAAGCUGUGCUGUGUGAUUCUACUCAUCAUCCAGAGAGAUACAGAAAGUAGGUUUCCAAUUGAUGUCAUACUUUUGAGUUCAUGUUUUUUUCUUAUUAUUUUAUUUCUUAUUGACACAAGGCAAGGCAAUAAUACCCACCGAACACACAAUCCCACCAUUAAAUUGUAGUCCUGGUCCUUUUAGGGUACAAUAAGGCACACACAUCAGCUCAGUAUGUUUACUAUGUUUUUAACUCAGUAUGUUUUGAGACAUGCUGAGCAUGCCCAAGUAUCUGGGAAUGUAUUGAAUAUCUUACUCUUGAAUAAGUAUAGGGAUAGAUUCAGGGCUUUUGGCUUAUUAUUCUAAUAACAUAUUCACUAAGUAGUUUCAGACUAGACUGGACCCAGAUCAGUAUGUGCUUUAGCCAUCUCCUCUGACUAUGGCUGCCCAAAUGGGUUUAGGGUCAAAUAUAGAGCAAUUGGCACUUUUUUGUUGUUGUUGCAAUAGCCACAUUUCAGCAGUAAUAUGAUAUCAUAGUUCAUAAGCACAGCUAAAUGCAAAUAAUGGUCUUAUCAGUGUGUUUAGGUAACAUCUCUGUUUAUUAGAGUUUAUAAGCAUCUAUUCUAUAUGUAUCUUUUGGACUGUUUUUUUGGCUUGUGCUUUCUCUUCAGGUACACAGGUGAUUGGAGGAAGCAGGACUAUGGUACAGGGGGAGGAUGUGGACUUAUCCUGCAGACUGAUAGAGACAACCGAGGACCUCGAACAGAUAACAUGGCAGAAAAGUACUUGGGAAGAAAAACAGAACCAUAAUUUUAUGCUGAUUUAUCCCAAUGGGGUUACUAACUUUAUUGCACUGAAUGGAUUGAAAGGUAGAGUCCAGUUUAUUGGGAACACAUCAGAAAACCUUGGAUCUAUUAGAAUAACAGCUGUCAGACUGUUGGAUGAAGGCACCUUCACAUGUAUCUUCAGUAUUUUCCCCAGUGGAGCAUACAGUACAGAGAUAUCUCUAACUGUGCUUGGUAAGAACUCUUUCUUCACGCUUUGUAUCACUGUUUCUACAUUUGACAGUGUAGAAAACUGUGUGUGAUAAACACUAGACAGCUAAAAAGUUAGUAGGUUAAUUUUUCAUUUUUUACAAGAUUGUAUUUCAUAUUUUAUAAACAAUACAAAACAUACACAUACAAACGACUACAUCAUACAAACAUCAACUAUAUCACACCCGCCCAGACCCACUCGCCCACAUCCCAAUCUCCAGCACCCACAACACUUUCUGCCACAUGGCCUCAAACUGCACGAUUUUGUUUCUCUCUGUCGCCCACGCUCUUUCAAUUUUUUAAAUUAAUAAAGCAUUUAACCUUUCCAUUUCGUGAAAGACGGAGGAUUGGCAUAUUUCCAGGUUUUUGAGUAUAUACAGUGGGGGAAAAAAGUAUUUAGUCAGCCACCAAUUGUGCAAGUUCUCCCACUUAAAAAGAUGAGAGAGGCCUGUAAUUUUCAUCAUAGGUACACGUCAACUAUGACAGACAAAAUGAGGAAAAAAAAUCCAGAAAAUCACAUUGUAGGAUUUUUAAUGAAUUUAUUUGCAAAUUAUGGUGGAAAAUAAGUAUUUGGUCAAUAACAAAAGUUACUCAAUAUUUUGUUAUAUACCCUUUGUUGGCAAUGACACAGGUCAAACGUUUUCUGUAAGUCUUCACAAGGUUUUCACACACUGUUGCUGGUAUUUUGGCCCAUUCCUCCAUGCAGAUCUCCUCUAGAGCAGUGAUGUUUUGGGGCUGUCGCUGGGCAACACGAACUUUCAACUCCCUCCAAAGAUUUUCUAUGGGGUUGAGAUCUGGAGACUGGCUAGGCCACUCCAGGACCUUGAAAUGCUUCUUACGAAUCAUUGUCAUGCUGAAAGACCCAGCCACUUUUCAUCUUCAAUGCCCUUGCUGAUGGAAGGAGGUUUUCACUCAAAAUCUCACGAUACAUGGCCCCAUUCAUUCUUUCCUUUUCACGGAUCAGUCGUCCUGGUCCCUUUGCAGAAAAACAGCCCCAAAGCAUGAUGUUUCCACCCCCAUGCUUCACAGUAGGUAUGGUGUUCUUUGGAUGCAACUCAGCAUUCUUUGUCCUCCAAACACGACGAGUUGAGUUUUUACCAAAACGUUAUAUUUUGGUUUCAUCUGACCAUAUGAAAUUCUCCCAAUCCUCUUCUGGAUCAUCCAAAUGCACUCUAGCAAUCUUCAGACGGGCCUGGACAUGUACUGGCUUAAGCAGGGGGACACGUCUGGCACUGCAGGAUUUGAGUCCCUGGCGGCGUAGUGUGUUACUGAUGGUAGGCUUUGUUACUUUGGUCCCAGCUCUCUGCAGGUCAUUCACUAGGUCCCCUGUGUGGUUCUGGGAUUUUUGCUCACCGUUCUUGUGAUCAUUUUGACCCCACGGGGUGAGAUCUUGCGUGGGGCCCCAGAUCGAGGGAGAUUAUCAGUGGUCUUGUAUGUCUUCCAUUUCCUAAUAAUUGCUCCCACAGUUGAUUUCUUCAAACCAAGCUGCUUACCUAUUGCAGAUUCAGUCUUCCCAGCCUGGUGCAGGUCUACAAUUUUGUUUCUGGUGUCCUUUGACAGCUCUUUGGUCUUGGCCAUAGUGGAGUUUGGAGUGUGACUGUUUCAGGUUGUGGACAGGUGUCUUUUAUACUAAUAACAAGUUCAAACAGUUGCCAUUAAUACAGGUAACGAGUGGAGGACAGAGGAGCCUCUUAAAGAAGAAGUUACAGGUCUGUGAGAGCCAGAAAUCUUGCUUGUUUGUAGGUGACCAAAUACUUAUUUUCCACCAUAAUUUGCAAAUAAAUUCAUUAAAAAUCCUACAAUGUGAUUUUCUGGAUUAUUUUUUCUGAAUUUGUCUGUCAUAGUUGACGUGUACCUAUGAUGAAAAUUACAGGCCUCUCUCAUCUUUUUAAGUGGAAGAACAUGCACAAUUGGUGGCUGACUAAAUACUUUUUUCCCCCACUAUAUAUAUAUUUGUAAAGAUUAUUGAUGAGAAGAGUAUUGUCCAACCAAUCGGGUAUCUCAUUGCACCCUCAUGUGUCAUGUCUUGAAAUAUACAGACAGACAAAUUAGUAGUACAUUUACAUCGCAAUACCUCUGACAUCCAUAUUUUUAACGCCGCCCAUAACCUUAGAAUUUUAUAACAUGAAGGAAUGAAUUAUUGAGUCAUUACUAGUUUUACACUUCAGACAUGACUACCGUUGUGCGGCAGAAUUUGUGAAUUUUGUGUCUUGUAUAUAAAUUCUAUACAUUAAUAUAUACUGGAUUAAGCGUACAUUUUCGUUAACUGUAAUCUCAUUAGUUAUGUUCCUACAUUCUCUCCAUCAUGUGCCAAUAUCAGUUCUUUUUCAAUCUUCCAAUAGAUUCUGGGGAUGAACAUGCUCGUCUUCAAUAUGUACCCAUUGUUCCUCUUAAGCGCAUUUAACUGUACAGUACCAGUCAAAAGUGUGGACACACCUACUUAUUCCAGGGUUUAUCUUUAUUUUUUACUAUUUUCAACAUUGUAGAAUAAUAGUGAAGACAUCAAAACAAUGAAAUAACACAUAUGGAAUCAUGUAGUAACCAAAAAAGUGUUAAAAAAAUCUAAAUGUAUUUUAUAUUUGAGAUUCUUGCAAGUAGCCACCCUUUGCCUUGAUGACAGCUUUGCACACUCUUGGCAUUCUCUCAACCAGCUUCAUGAGGUAGUCACCUGGAAUGCAUUUCAAUUAACAGGUGUACCUUCUUAAACGUUCAUUUGUGGAAUUUAUUUCCUUCUUAAUGCGUUUGAGCCAAUCAGUUGUCUUGUGACAAUGUAGGGGGGGGGUAUACAGAAGAUAGGCCUAUUUGGUAAAAGACUAAGUCCAUAUUAUGGCAAGAACAGAUCAAAUUAGCAAAGAGAAACGACAUUCGAACAUUACUUAAAGACAUGGCGGUCAGUCAGUCCGGAAAAUAUAAAGAAGUUUGAAAUUUUCUUCAAAUGCAGUCACAAAAACCAUCAAACGCUAUGAUGAAACUGGCUCUCAUGAGGACCGCCACAGGAAAGGAAGACCCAGAGUUACCUCUGCUGCAGAGGAUAAGUUCAUUAGAGUGAAUUGCACCUCAGAUUGCAGGCCAAAUAAAUGCUUCACAGAGUUCAAUUAAGCGACACAUCUCAACAUCAACUGUUCAGAGGACACUGCGUGAAUCAGGCCUUCAUGGUCGAAUUGCUGCAAAGAAACCACUACUAAAGGACACCAAUAAUAACAAGAGACUUGCUUGGGCCAAGAAACAUGAGCAAUGGACAUUAGACCGGUGGAAAUCUGUCCUUUGGUCUGAUGAGUCCAAAUUUGAGAUUUUUGGUUCCAACCGCCGUGUCUUUGUGAGACGCAGAGUAGGUGAACGGAUGAUCACCGCAUGUGUGGUUCCCACCGUGAAGCGUGGAGGAGGAAGUGUGAUGGUGUGGGGUGCUUUGCUGGUGACAUUGUCUGUGAUUUAUUUGGAAUUCAAGGCACACUUAACCAGCAUGGCAACCACAGCAUUCUGCAGUGAUACACCAUCCUAUCUGGUUUGCACUUAGUGGGACUAUCAUUUGUUUUUCAACAGGACAAUGACCCAAAAUGCACCUCCAGGCUGUGUAAGGGCUAUUUGACCAAGAAGGAGAGUGAUGCAGUGCUGCAUCAGAUGACCUGGCAUCCACAAUCUCCCGACCUUAACCCAAAUGAGAUGGUUUGGGAUGAGUUGGACCACAGAGUUAAGGAAAAGCAUGCCUCAUGAAGCUGGUUGAGAGAAUGCCAAGAGUUUGCAAAGCUGUCAUCAAGGCCAAGGGUGGCUACUUUGAAGAAUCUCAAAUAUAAAAUAUGUUUUGAUUUGUUUAACACUUUUUUGGGUACAUUAAUCCAUAUGUGUUAUUUCAUAGUUUUGAUGUCUUCACUAUUAUUCUACAAUGUAGAAAAGAGUCAAAUUUAUUUAGUAGGUUUGUCCAAACUUUUGACUGGUACUGCAUGUCACAAGUAAAAACCUUGGGUAGUGAGCUGAUAUAAUUCCAAGUCUGGAAGGUUAAAACCACCCUCAGACAUAGGAAGGUGUAAAACUUUCCUUUUUAUUCUAUGAAUUGUAUUUGCCCAUAUAAAGUCUGUUAUGACCGAGUAUACUUUUUAAAAGAUUAUCUUCGUUGGGGUAAAUGGUAUUACCGAAAAUAAAUAAAAAAAUGUUUGACAGCCAUCCAUUUUAAAGAGUUAAGUUCAUUAUUCAAGUGAAGCAAGAGUCAGACCUGGACAUCCGCCUCAUCCUUGUUCUGACCGGACAUUCUGUAGUGGUUGCUACUGGCCUUAAGCCAGCACCUAAGGUUUCUUAUUAUUUUCAUGGUCCUUUGGAUUCUCUACAACACUGCACUCUAUUUUACAGUCUCCACCCCCCUCCAGGUGUCACCCAUCUUCCCCAUUAUCCCCAGUGUAUUCAUACCUGUGUUCUCUGUUUGGCUGUUGCCAGUUUGUUUUGUUCGUCAAGCCUACCAGUGUUUUUCCCCUUGCUCAGCCCCUCUCCAUUCCCAUGGACGUUAGAACGCUGGACUGGCGCUAUAUAGGCCGGGUCAUCUCACAAUUCCACUCCCAUCAACCUACGAGGGUCAGGGAACCACAGCGAGGCAAUCCAAUUUAUGCUGAUUAAGUCUCCUCAGGUUCCUGUGGUAUUGAGAUUCUCUUGGCUCAAGCGACACAAUCCCAUCAUAGACUGGACUGCGGGUGCCAUUAUGAGCUGGAGCCCGUUCUGCCAUUCCCAUUGUCUGAAGUCAGCGCAGCCUAAACCGGGACGUCUUCCUUUGGGCUCGGAAGUUACCCCGGACCUCUCCGCCAUUCCCACUGAGUACCAGGACCUCUGGGAGGUAUUUCAGUAAGGCCCGGGCCACUUCACUUCUGCCGCACUUAUCAUAUGACUGUGGGAUUGACCUUCUCCCAGGCACCCCUCCUCCCGGGGACGACUGUACUCUCUGUCGGAUCUGGAGACCAAGGCUGUGGAGAACUACAUUGAGGACUCCCUAGCUGCAGGGUUCAUCCGUCCUUCUGCCUCCCCCGCCGGCGCAGGGCUGUUCUUUGUGGAGAAGAAGGCCAAAACCCUGCACCCGUGCAUCGACUACCGGGGACUCAACGACAUCACGGUGAAGAAGCUACCCUCUGCCAAAGAGACGUCCCAGCUCAUGGUGCAGCACAUCUUCCAGAUCCAUGGACUCCCGGUGGACAUGUUCUCCGACCGGGGUCCUCAGUUCUCGUCACAGUUCUGGAAGGCUUUCUGCACGCUCAUUGGGUCGUCGGCCAGCCUGUCCUUCGGGUUCCACCCCCAGUCCGAGCAAGCCAACCAAGACAUGGAGACGACUCUUCGCUGCCUGGCCUCCGCCAACCCCACCGCCUGGAGCCAGCAAUUAGUGUGGGUUGAAUACUCCCUCAACACCCUUCUUUGCUCUGCCGCUGGUCUCUCGCCCUUUGAAUGUUCCCUGGGCUAUCAGCCCCCGCUCUUUCCUGAGCAAGAGGAAGAGGUAGGCAUACCUUUGGCCAAGAUGUUUGUCCGCCGCUGUCGGCGUACCUGGAAGAGAGCCUGGUCGGCCCUUCUCAAGACCACCUCCAGGUAUCGACGACAAGCGGACCGCCACCGGUCCCCGGCACCCCGAUAUCGUCUCGGGCAGAUGGUAUGGCUGUCCACCCGGGAUCUGCCCCUCCGGGUGGAGUCCCGCAAACUUUCCCCCCCCCGGUUUAUCGGCCCUUUCCCCAUCUCCAAGGUCAUUAGCCCCUCUGCUGUUCGUCUUCUGUUGCCCCUUACCCUCCAUAUACAUCCCACUUUUCAUGUGUCUAAAAUCAAACCCAUGUCUCACAGCCCUUUGUCUCCUGUUUCCUCCAAUACAGUCUAGCUACUAAUUAUGUAUAUUACAGUUGGCCAGAUAGAGAACAUGAGAGGUUUUAUUUAACGUUUGUUGGUCAUGUGACAUGAGCAUUUGGAUAAGUUUCACAUGACGGGCUGUAUGUUUUUUGGUAGUUUUUACGUGUAUAGUUGCAUAUUUGUAAUUAGUGACUUGUUCAUGUUUUCUGUUCUCUUGUUUGUUUGUUUUCUGGUCAUAGUUCCUCCAGUUGUGAGUGUGACAGUUGAUGUUCCUCCUGUCAUUGGGGAGAAUGAGGUUGUCUUGGCAACCUGUGUGGCUGCUGUUGCGAAGCCACAGGCAGAAGUGAAGUGGAAGACAGGUGCAUUUGGCAGUUUGUUGAGGACGGUGACUAACUUUACCCAGCACGCCAACGGAACCGCCACAGUACUCAGCCACCUGCUUGGGGUACCAACCAGAGCAGCCAAUCAGCAGCAGGUCCAGUGUGUCGUCAACCAGUCUGCCCUGGCAACAGAAAGUAGCUACAACUACACCAUAAACAUCCACUGUAAGUGUCUUCUACUACCAUUGUCCUACACUAUAGACAGACACUGUAAAUAUAUACUAAACUACCAUUGUCCUACACUAUAGACAGACACUGUAAAUAUAUUCUGCUACUACUGUCCUACACUAUAGACAGACACUGUAAAUAUAUACUAAACUACCAUUGUCCUACACUAUAGACAGACACUGUAAAUAUAUUCUGCUACUACUGUCCUACACUAUAGACAGACACUGUAAAUAUAUUCUACUACCACUGUCCUACACUAUAGACAGACACUGUAAAUAUAUUCUACUACUACUGUCCUACACUAUAGACAGACACUGUAAAUAUAUUCUACUACUACUGUCCUACACUAUAGACAGACACUCUAAAUAUAUACUAAACUACCAUUGUCCUACACUAUAGACAGACACUGUAAAUAUAUUCUACUACUACUGUCCUACACUAUAGACAGACACUGUAAAUAUAUUCUACUACCACUGUCCUACACUAUAGACAGACACUGUAAAUAUAUUCUACUACCACUGUCCUACACUAUAGACAGACACUGUAAAUAUAUUCUACUACCACUGUCCUACACUAUAGACAGACACUGUAAAUAUAUUCUACUACCACUAUCCUACACUAUAGACAGACACUGUAAAUAUAUUCUACUACUACUGUCCUACACUAUAGACAGACACUGUAAAUAUAUUCUACUACCACUGUCCUACAGUAUAGACAGACACUAAAUAUAUUCUACUACCACUGUCCUACACUAUAGACAGACACUGUAAAUAUAUUCUACUACCACUGUCCUACACUAUAGACAGACACUGUAAAUAUAUUAUACUACUACUGUCCUACACUAUAGACAGACACUGUAAAUAUAUUCUACUACCACUGUCCUACACUAUAGACAGACACUGUAAAUAUAUUCUACUACCACUGUCCUACACUAUAGACAGACACUGUAAAUAUAUUCUACUACCACUGUCCUACACUAUAGACAGACACUGUAAAUCUAUUCUACUACCACUGUCCUACACUAUAGACAGACACUGUAAAUAUAUUCUACUACCACUGUCCUACACUAUAGACAGACACUGUAAAUAUAUUCUACUACCACUGUCCUACACUAUAGACAGACACUGUAAAUAUAUUCUACUACCACUGUCCUACACUAUAGACAGACACUGUAAAUCUAUUCUACUACUACUGUCCUGCACUAUAGACAGACACUGUAAAUAUAUACUACUACCGCUGUCCUACACCAUACACGGUAUGGACAAUUACAAGGCUUUCAUUGUACUGAUCCUCUACUGCAAGUAAUCUAUCGAACUGAAAUGAAGCAAGAUCAGGUUCACAAACAAUUCUUAGUUUUGCCUAAUCUGUGGAUUAAAGUUCCACCCCUGCCCACUGAGUGGCGCAGUGGUCUAAGGCACUGCAUCGCAGUGCUAACUGUGCCACUAGAGAUCCUGGUUCGAAUCCAUGCUCUGUCGCAGCCGGCCGCGACCGGGAGACUCAUGGGCGGCGCACAAUUGGCCCAGCGUUGUCCAGGGUAGUGGAGGGAAUGGCCGGCAGGGAUGUAGCUCUGUUGAUAGGGUGGGUUCGAUUCCCACGAGGGGCCAGUAUAAAAAAAAUAUAUGUAAUCACUAACUGUAAGUCGCUCUGGAUAAGAGCGUCUGCUAAAUGACUAAAAUGUAAAUGUAAAUGCUCAGAUACUGUAAUGUCAUUGUUAUUGGUGUCCUAUAUCUGUCUUGGUACGGGUGUGUGAGUGUAGGUCUAUUUAUAUUCUAUAUCUGCAGUAACUGUAACCACCUCACUGUCUCUCUUUCACUCACGCACUCACUCUCGCUGUCUCUCUCCUUCCGCCUUUCUGUCUCUCUCUCUCAUAGAUCCACCUCAGUCAGUGAACAUCACCCUUAGUGAGGCCUCUCAAGCCACAGUCUUACUAUGUCUAGCAGACGUCAACCCACAACCCAACUACACCUGGAGCAGGUACUCACUCCUAUGUAAACUAUUUCAAACCAGUUUAAAUUCUCAAUUUUUCCCCUAACCCAUCUGUCUAUCUCCUCAUUUGAAUUCCAUGCUGUCACAGUCACUAGCCCAUUUAAGCUUAAUAUCCUUGUCAUCUAUCGCCCUCCAGGUUCCCUUGGAGAGUUCAUCAAUGAGCUUGACGCCUUGAUAAGUUCCUUUCCUGAGGAUGGCUCACCUCUCACAGUUUUGGGGGAUUUCAACCUCCCUACGUCUACAUUUGACUCAUUUCUCUCUGCCUCCUUCUUUCCACUCCUCUCCUCUUUUGACCUCACCCUCUCACCGUCCCCCCCUACUCACAAGGCAGGCAAUACGCUUGACCUCAUCUUUACUAGAUGCUGCUCUUCUACUAAUCUCACUUUGUAUCCUUUUCUCUCUCGCUCUCCUCCAACACUACUCACUCUGCCCCUACACAGAUGGUAAUGCGCCGCCGCAACCUUCGCUCUCUCUCUCCCACUACUCUCUCCUCUUCCAUCCUAUCAUCUCUUCCCUCUGCUCAAUCCUUCUCCCUCCAAUCUCCUGAUUCCGCCUCCUCAACCCUCCUCUCCUCCCUUUCUGCAUCCUUUGACUCUCUGUGUCCCCUAUCCUCCCGGCCGGCUCGGUCCUCCCCUCCAGCUCCGUGGCUUGAUGACUCAUUGCGAGCUCACAGAACAGAGCUCCGGGCAGCUGAGCGGAAAUGGAAAAAAACUAAACUCCCUGCCGACCUGGCAUCUUUUCACUCCCUCCUCUCUACAUUUUCUUCAUCUGUUUCUGCUGCUAAGGGCACUUUCUACCACUCUAAAUUCCAAGCAUCUGCCUCUAACCCUAGGAAGCUCUUUGCCACAUUCUCCGCCCUGCUGAAUCCCCCCCCCCCCCUCUCUCUGUGGAUGACUUCGUCAACCACUUUGAAAAGAAGGUUGACGACAUCCGAUCCUCGUUUGUUAAGUCUAAUGACACUGCUGGUCCUGCUCACACUGCCCUACCCUAUGCUUUGACUUCUUUCUCCCCUCUCUCUCCAGAUAAAAUCUUGCGACUUGUGACUGCAGGCCGCCCAACAACCUGCCCGCUUGACCCCAUCCCCUCCUCUCUUCUCCAGACCAUCGCCGGUGACCUUCUCCCCUACCUCACCUCGCUGAUCAACUCAUCCUUGACCGCUGGCUAUGUCCCUUCCGUCUUCAAGAGAGCGAGAGUUGCACCCCUUCUCAAAAAACCAACACUCGAUCCCACUGAUGUCAACAACUACAGACCAGAUCCUCCUCUCCACCCUCUCCGAGCUGGGCAUCUCCGGCGCGGCUCACUCCUGGAUUGCGUCCUACCUGACCGGUCGCUCCUACCAAGUGGCGUGGCGAGAAGCUGUCUCCGCACCACGUGCUCUCACCACUGGUGUCCCCCAGGGCUCAGUUCUAGGCCCUCUCCUAUUCUCCCUAUACACCAAGUCACUUGGCUCUGUCAUAUCCUCACAUGGCCUCUCCUAUCAUUGCUACGCUGACGAUACACAACAAAUCUUCUCCUUUCCCCCUUCUGAUAACCAGGUGGCGAAUCGCAUCUCUGCAUGUCUGGCAGACAUAUCAGUAUGGAUGACGGAUCACCACCUCAAGCUGAACCCUGGCAAGACGGAGCUGCUCUUCCUCCCGGGGAAGGACUGCCCGUUCCAUGAUCUCGCCAUCACGGUUGACAACUCCGUUGUGUCCUCCUCCCAGACUGCGAAGAGCCUUGGCGUGACCCUGGACAACACCCUGUCGUUCUCCGCUAACAUCAAGGCGGUGACCCGAUCCUGCAGGUUCAUGCUCUACAACAUUCGGAGAGUACGACCCUGCCUUACACAGGAAGCGGCACAGGUCCUAAUCCAGGCACUUGUCAUCUCCCGUCUGGAUUACUGCAACUCGCUGUUGGCUGGGCUCCCUGCCUGUGCCAUUAAACCCCAACAACUCAUCCAGAAUGCCGCAGCCCGUCUGGUGUUCAACCUUCCCAAGUUCUCUCACGUCACCCCGCUCCUCCGCACACUCCACUGGCUUCCAGUUGAAGCUCGCAUCUGUUACAAGACCAUGGUGCUUGCCUAUGGAGCUGUGAGGGGAACGGCACCUCCGUACCUUCAGGCUCUGAUCAGUCCCUACACCCAAACGAGGGCAUUGCGUUCAUCCACCUCUGGCCUGCUGGCUCCCCUUCCUCUGCGGAAGCAUAGUUCCCGCUCAGCCCAGUCAAAACUGUUCGCUGCUCUGGCACCCCAAUGGUGGAACAAGCUCCCUCACGACGCCAGGACAGCGGAGUCACUCACCACCUUCUGGAGACAUUUGAAACCCCACCUCUUUAAGGUAUACCUGGGAUAAAGUAAUCCUUCUACCCCUCCCCCCCAAAAAAAUAAUUGUAAAGUGGUUAUCCCACUGGCUAUAGGGUGAAUGCACCAAUUUGUAAGUCGCUCUGGAUAAGAGCGUCUGCUAAAUGACGUAAAUGUAAAUGUAAAAUGCAAAUGUUAGGUACACUUGUUUAAACAUUUAAGACAUACAGUGAGCUCCAUAAUUCAUUGGACAGUGACAAUUUUUUUGUUAUUUUGGUUCUGUACUCUAGCACUUUGAGUUUGAAAGGAUACAAUGACAAUAAUGGUUAAGUGCAGACUGUCAGCUUUAAUUUGAGGGUAUAUUCAUACAUAUCGGAUGAACCGUUUAGAAAUUAUAGAAGCUUUUGUACAUGGUCCCCCCCUUUUUUGGGCAUCAAAAAACAUUGGACAGUUUAACAUAAUGUAGAAUAAAGUAAUCAUUGUUAAUAUUUGGUCGCAUAUCCUUUGCAUGCAAUGACUGCUUGAAGUCUGCGAUGCAUCGCCAUCACCAGACGCUGGGUAUCUUCCCUGGUGAUGCUCUGCCAGGCCUGUACUGCAGCCAUCUUCAGUACCUGCUUAUUUUGGGGACUUAUUGCCUUCAGUCUCCUCUUCAGCAUGUAAAAUGCAUGUUCAAUUGGAUUCUGAUCCGGUGAUUGACUCGGCCAGUCAAGGAUUUUCCACUUUUUGGCCAUCAAAAACCCCUUUGUUGCUCUAGCAGUAUGUUUAGGGUCAUUGUCUUGUUGCAUGAUGAAGUGCCGUCCAAUGAGUUUGGAGGCAUUUGGUUUUAUCUGAGCAGAUAAAAUAUUUCUAUAGACUUCAGAAUUCAUUGUUCUACUUCUGUCUGCAGUCACAUCAUCGAUGAAGACAAGUGAGCCUGUUCCACUGGCAGCCAUACAGGCCCAAGCCAUAACACCCCCUCCACCAUGUUUCACGGAUGAGGUGGUAUGCUUUGGAUCAUGGGCAUUUCUUUUUUUUCUCCACACUUUCCUCUUUCCAUCACUCUGGUACAUGUUAAUCUUUGUCUCAUCUGUCCACAAUACUUUUUUCCAGAACUCUUGGGGCUCUCUUAGGUGCUUUUUAGCAAACUGUAAUCUCGCCUUUCUGUUCUUCAGGCUUAUCAGUGGUUUGCAUCUUGUAGUGUACCCUCUUUAGUCCUGCUGGUGUAGUCUUCUACGUAUGGUAGACUUUGACACAUCUACACCUGCAUCCAGGAGAGUGUUUUUGAUCUGUUGGGCUGUUGUCAGGGGGGUUUUCUUCACCAUAGAGAGUAUUCUCCGGUCAUCCACUACAGUGGUCUUCCUCGGUCUACCGGGUCUUUUGACAUAAUUGAGUUCACCGGUUGUUUUUUUCUUGUUAAUGAUGAACCAAACUGUUGACUUGGGCAUGGCCAGGGUUUUUUCAAUGUUCCUGAUUGAUUGAUUUUCAUUUCUGAGCCUUAUGACGGCCAGCUUCAUUUGCAUCGACACUGCUGUCUUCCUCAUGUUGUCACACCACAACAACAACCUCCAAAGGCAAUAGCAAAGUCUAGAAUCAAUGCUAUUCAUCAACAGCUCUCCUGCAUUCACUAACGACACAAAUGAAUACACCUGCCUAACGACACACAUCUGUGAAGCCAAUUUAACAAAUACUUGUAGGACCUUAAAAUGGGGGGACCAUGUAUAAAAGGUGCUAUCAUUUCUAAACAGUUCAUCCGAUAUAUAUGAAAAUACCCUCAAAUUAAAGCUGACAGUCUGCACUUCACCCUCAUUGUCAUUGUAUCCUUUCAAACUCAAAGUGCUAGAGUACAGAACCAAAAUAACAAAAAAAUGGUCACUGUCCAAUGAAUUAUGGAGCUCACUGUAUAUUAGCUUGAAGCUUCAGUAUGUUCAUAUAUUACGCUGGUAGUCAAAUCAUGCCUUUGCCACACACGCACGCACGCACGCACACACACACACACACACACACACACACACGCACACAUACACACAAACACUCAGCCCUUCGCUCUCUCUCCCCCAGAGUGGGCCAGCCAUGGCCUGUGUCUUCAGUGAGAGCAGAGGGAGACAUACUGCACCUCCUCAGUCUCAGCUCUGAGCUGAAUGGUCUCUAUGUCUGUGAGGCCUCCAACCCCUACGGACGAGCAACUGGCUCCCUCUUUGUACACACAUCCUCUGGUGAGAAGCACAGACACACACACACACACACUAUUCAUGCUGGUUGCUUAACUGGUUGAUCAUAACUGGUUGCUUAACUGGUUUUCAUAAGUUGCUUAUAAUUGUUAUGUGAUUGAUUGAUUGAUUGAAUACUUUAUUGUCCCGUAGGGAAAUGUGUCUGGAAACAAUACAGGCAUUCCUGGCAUACACAUAAAACACAAAUAUGAGGUUAUGAGAAAUGUGUUGUAGCAUGGAUAACAAAGUUGAGGCAGAUGCUCACUUAUCUUUCACUGCAUGUGUUAGUUUCAGACUUAUGUCCUCAUUCCCCUUUCUACAGGAAGGUACUGUAUAACCACUAACUUAGAUGGUCAUGAUAAAAACGUAUCUCUUACUGCAUUCAGUGGCUUGCGAAAGUAUUCACCCCCCUUGGCAUUUUUCCUAUUUUGUUGCCUUACAACCUGGAAUUAAAAUGGAUUUUUGGGGGGUUUGUAUCAUUUGAUUUACACAACAUGCCUACCACUUUGAAGAUGCAAAAUAUGUUUUAUUGUGAAACAAACAAGAAAUAAGACAAAAAAACAGAACUUGAGCAUGCAUAACUAUUCACCCCCUCAAAGUCAAUACUUUGUAGAGCCAUCUUUUGCAGCAAUUACAGCUGCAAGUCUCUUGGGGUAUGUCUCUAUAAGCUUGGCACAUCUAGCCACUGGGAUUUUUGUCCAUUCUUCAAGGCAAAACUGCUCCAGCUCCUUCAAGUUGGAUGGGUUCCGCUGGUGUACAGCAAUCUUUAAGUCAUACCACAGAUUCUCAAUUGGAUUGAGGUCUGGGCUUUGACUAUGCCAUUCCAAGACUUUUAAAUGUAUCCCCUUAAACCGCUCGAGUGUUGCUUUAGCAGUAUGCUUAGGGUCAUUGUCCUGCUGGAAGGUGAACCUCAGUCCCAGUCUCAUAUCUCUGGAAGACUGAAACAGGUUUCCCUCAAGAAUUUCCCUGUAUUUAGCGCCAUCCAUCACUCCUUCCAUUCUGACCAGUUUCCCAGUCCCUGCUGAUGAAAAACAUCCCCACAGCAUGAUGCUACCACCACCAUGCUUCACUGUGUGUAUGGUGUUCUCGGGGUGAAUGAGAGGUGUUGGGUUUGCGCCAGACAUAGCAUUUUCCUUGAUUGCCAAAAUGCUCAAUUUUUGUCUCAUCUGACCAGAGUACCUUCUUCCAUAUGUUUGGGGAGUCUCCGACAUGCCUUUUUGGCGAACAUCCCACUUUUUUUUAUUUUUCUUGAAGCAAUGGCUUUUGUCUGGCCACUCUUCCGUAAAGCCCAGCUCUGUGGAGUUUACUGCUUAAAGUGGUCCUAUAAACAGAUACUCCAAUCUCCGCUGUGGAGCUUUGCAGCUCCUUCAGGGUUAUCUUUGGUCUCUUUGUUGCCCCUCUGAUUAAUUCCCUCCUUGCCUGGUCCGUGAGUUUUGGUGGGCGGCCCUCUCUUGGCAGGUUUGUUGUGGUGCCAUAUUUCUUCUAUUUUUAAUAAUGUAUUUAAUGGUGCUCCUUGGGAUGUUCGCCAAAAGGCAUGUCGGAGACUCCCCAAACAUAUGGAAGAAGGUACUCUGGUCAGAUGAGACAAAAAUUGAGCAUUUUUAUUUAAUAGAGCUCCUUCGUCUUCAUGGUGCCGCUUGGUUGGUGGUGCCCCUUGCUUAGUGGUGUUGCAGACUCUAGGGCCUUUCAGAACAGGUGUAUAUAUACUUAGAUCAUCUUACAGAUCAUGUGACACUGAGAUUGCACACAGGUGGACUUUAGUUAACUAAUUAUGUGACUUCUGAAGGUAAUUGGUUGCACCAGAUCUUAUUUAGGGGCUUCAUAGCAAAGGGGGUGAAUACAUGUUCAAGCACCACUUUUCCGUUAUUUAAUUUUUUGAAUUUUUUGAAACAAUUUAUUUUUUUCAUUCCGCUUCACCAAUUUGGACAAUUUUGUAUAUGUCCAUUACAUGAAAUCCAAAUAAAAAUCCAUUUAAAUUACAGGUUGUAAUGCAACAAAAUAGGAAAACCGCCAAGGGGGAUGAAUACUUUUGCAAGGCACUGUAUGUACAUGUCUUAUUACUUAGUAUUAUCUCUUUGCUUUCUGCAGGAAAGUGUUUGAAUCAGAGCCAUGAUGCUUGUUAGGUCAACACAAUUAUAUGUAAUUGUAAAUACAGACUGUUUCCUAUAUUAACUGUAUCCCCUCUCUCCUCAUAGAGACCUCUGCUGCCUGUUGGGUUCUACUCAUUGUCAUUCUAUGUCUGAUUGUUACUGCGGCUGCACUCGUAUGGUACUGGUGGAAAUACGGGCAAUUUCCUUGGUAAUAUCACCUACUGUAAUAUCAUGAACUGAAUUUUGCAUUGUGAAACAAAAUGCAUUUGCAUUAGAUGAUCAUAUAUUGAUUUUGCUCAAUUUAAUCUAUUUUCUUUUCCUGGACUACAUCCCAGGAGUUCAAUCAUGGCCAAAGUACCUGAACAGGUAUGCUGUGAUUAGUUAAAGAUGUAGGAUCUUAAUUUGAUCAUGUUUGCUACAGCAGGAAUAUAAUCCUGCAGCAACAGCAAAUGUGGAUUAUAAUUCAUGGACAUUUUUGUAGGGGUUGAUACAUUUUUUGUAAGGGAAAAUCUAAUCUGAAGUGGAAAUUACAAACUUCAGAAGCCUUUUUUAACCUCAAAUACACUACGUGUUUUAAAUGUCCUGCAUUGCAGGGAAGUUCUCUUGCAACAGGCUGAUCAAAUUAACAUGCUACAUAUGUAUGUCACUGUCCUCCAUUGUUUUGUGAUUAAUCUUACGAAGUAGGUUUCUCAUUAUCCACUGGUUACUAUGUAAUAGUACUGUUAUAAUGUCUGUUUGAUUACAGACUGAAUCAGUAUCUUCCCUGAGGAGGAGACAUGACAAGGUUGAGGAAGGUGAAGGUGACUCAUUGGCUGCAACCGUCCAAACCAGGAAUGAGCCUGAGGAGGAAGAAGAAGUAUCA